AUAAAAAAAAGGUUGCCUUUAGGAAGUAGUAAAUCAUGACUUUUCCAGGGAGCUGAUUUUAAAGGGAAGAAUUAUGGGGAGGACUAAAGGAAAAGUUCUCGGCGCGGCAAAGGGCAACGGGAGGUCACCGUAUGUAAAUAGCUCCUCUGGAGGGGGCUCCGGCGGCGCAGGGGUGUGGCUGUGGAGCGGCUCUCAAUCACUCCCGGAGCGCCGGCGCUGCCUCGUGUGGGGCUUGGCCGCCGUGCCUGCAGCUGCCUGAGUUUGCAGCGCGCGCCGCCCGGGGUUGGUUGGAGGCUUGCUUGCUUGCCUGCCUGAGCUGCGAAACUCUCGCCUCGCAGCAGCACUACCGCCGGCUCAGCGGUCGGGGAACCAUGCAGCGCUCCUGUCCCGGCCAAGCCGCUUGAAGGUGAACGACGGAGCCCGAAGAGACCCUGCGGAGGAUCCGCGCCCGACGAGCGGGGCGGCGUUCUAAGUCUCACCGGCUGCCCAAAUUGGGGCGAGGAGUGCGCGGCUGCCGAGUUUUCCCCUUCCAGCGCCGCGAACCAGCAUCCCCUGAGGUAAGAGUGGCGCCUUUUUGGUUUUGUGGAGCGAUGAAAGAAAACUUGAGCAGGGUGGUUGGUUUCCAAAAUAAUAAUAAUAAUAAAAAAUACACCCCGGUGUAUUCCUUUGAGGAAAGUUCCGUUCGGUGCAACAGCAAAAAGAACGCCGGGUUGAUUUAAGGUUUGCGGAGCUCGACCAUGCUGCUGGAGUUUUAUUACUUUAUUAUUAUUAUUAUUAUUAUUAUUGACGGGAGUAAAUUGUGGUGGGAGGGGAAAGAAGGCUGUGUGUAGUCCGGGCCCAUGUUGCAUGUUUACUCAGAAGUAAGCCCUACCGGAUCCAAGAGACUUGCCUACUCGCCAUUGAAGUGCGCACAGGGUUUCUGGCUAAUACAGGGGUCAGCAACCUUUUUCAGCCGUGGGCGGGUCCACCGUCCCUCAGACCAUGUGGGGGGGCGCGGACUAUAUUUUUUGGGGGGGAGGGAAAUGAACGAAUUCCUGUGCCCCACAAAUAACCCAGAGAAGCAUUUUAAAUAAAAGCACACAUUCUACUUAUGUAAAAACACGCUGAUUCCCAGACCAUCCGCGGGCUGGAUUGAGAAGGCGAUUGGGCCGCAUCCGGCCCACGGGCCUUAGGUUGCCUACCCCUGGGCUACUACAUCAAGAGGAAUGCUGGUUGGUUUGUACAGUGGUACCUCGGGUUACGUACGCUUCAGGUUACAGACGCUUCAGGUUACAGACUCUGCUAACCCAGAAAGAUUACCUCGGGUUAAGAACUUUGCUUCAGGAUGAGAACAGAAAUCGUGCUCCGGCGGCGCGGCGGCAACGGGAGGCCCCAUUAGCUAAAGCAGUGCUUCAGGUUAAGAACAGUUUCAGGUUAAGAACAGACCUCCAGAAUGAAUUAAGUUCUUAACCCGAGGUACCACUGUAGUUAGGAGGAAUAGCUUCCAUUCUGAAAUUGCCUACUUAGGUUUUAGAAGAGAAUGCUUUUGGGGAACGAAAUUGAUUUCUAUGGAAAGGCUACACAAGAUUGUUGAAUGCAGAUCCCUUCAUAACCUCAGUAGGGAGAGCGAAAGGUUGGGUUUUUCAUCACACGUUCGAGUCAUGUUGAUGGGGCAUUAAAGUGGAGAGCAUGAUCAAUGGUUUAGUUCUUGUGAAUACAGGUUGAUACAUGUUUAUAGAUAUGGCAUGUUUAUUUCUCCCCUUUCCCCCCAAAAAAGAUUAAUAGAAAGACCCUUGAACGGAGCUAACUUAAAUGUACAAAGUCAAAUAACUGGUAAAUACCAAAACGUCUAAGAUUGAUUAUUGACUUACAUUUGGCAAAUAGCACACAUGAUGUGGUUUACUAAUUGUGUUAGAGUUGGAGAUGGUUGUCUGAAGAUGUAAAGAAGGGGUGUGUGUGUGUCUGGAAUGAUUGUCUAAUAUGUCUUAAAAAAUUCAGUUGUCAAAGAUUAUCCUGGAUAAUAUGGUAAAAUAUUCAUAACUGAUUCCCCCCCCCAAUCCACUUGUCUUAUUAUUGUAACAUUCCGCAUUGUGAGAGUCAAAGUUCGUGGGUUAUCUUCCCUUGGCAUAGGAGGUUGGAGAUGGUCUUUUAAGGCUUUUAAAUUUAUUUCUGUUAUUCAUCAGUGUAUAGGUAUAUAAUACUGUACUUCCUGUGUCUUACGGGACCACCUGUGUACUGUUCUUAUGUCCCAAAGAAUCCUGGAAACUGUACUUUAGCUCCACACAGAGCUACAAUGUUGAUCACGCAUAACAAACUACAGUUCCCAAGCUGUGUUUUGAUCUGGGGUGUGUGUGGAUGUGCUUUAAAAGUAUGGUGUGUUUGCAGCCUAAGCCUAUAUAUGUGUAACAGCAGCAAGCACAUCUCCCUCACCUCCACUUCACUUUCCUUUCUCUGUCUUCAUGUGUUGAAUUUUUGAUUGCAAACUCAUUGUGGGCGAGGACCUGCCCUUCUGUAUUUUGUAAAGUACCGUGAAGUGCUUCAGAAAAUAAUAAUCAUAAUUAUCACCAGCUUUGUUGUAGUUUUCAGUGCCAACCUGUCUCACUUGUCUCUCCAGUAUACAAGAUUCUAAUGUUUCCAGUGUAUACGGUAUUCUGCAAGGGUUAAGCUGCUUAUUCAGAUGCCUUUAAGAUGUUUACUAAACCUUGUGCUCUCCACUAUGUUGGCUUUGCUUAAUUUGACCAGGGAUUCCUUUGGACUAGAAAGAUGUUAAUAAUAGAGAGCUUUUAUUAAAGAGUUGCCAGCAAUUGCGUAUUUUGAGUUGUAAAAGGCAAGUGUGUCUGUUUAAAAAACAGGUUACUAUGGUAGUAAGAAUGUGAUGGAAUUUGCCCAUUAUACAUCCCAGCUGAUUUUCUCUCAGCAGACACAACUGGCAUUGAAGUACAAAACAUUCCUCUUAAAGUAAGUUUAUAAAAUGUGCUGGCCUUUUUUAAAAAAAUUACCUCUUUAGUUAGGAGUCCUAUCAAAUAGAAUUUUAUUCUUAGAGUUGGGAAUUGACUAAAUUUAUGUUGCUUUUCUCCCCCUAACCUAACCCCUUUCACUCGUUUUACUGAUUUGCACCCAAACUACCUUACUGUUGAACUGCCCAGGAAGCCUUGGCGGUGUUAUAUGGGCAAGGCUUAAGUGAAGGCAGGACUUUAGGAUGGGGCUGGCUUCCUAACUAAUUUGUUUUGGAAAGUUAGUAAAGAGUGAGAAGUGGGCUGCCUGUGUAACUCUGCUGACAACAUUGUUCUCCUGCUUUGUUUGGCCAAAGAAUGAAUAGCUGGUUGUGUUUGUCCCUGAGAGGAGGAAGGGAGACGAGAAAAGCCCACUUCUCUGGAUAUGACUCACCCUGAACUCUCUCUUUGUGAAGAACUGAUGUGAAUCUUAAGCUACUAAGAGACAGAGAGGCUGUGGAGCCGAUAGGCAAGGAAAUGGCUUGAGAUUGGUAAAGAGGGAGAGAGAGAAAAGAUGAGAAAAGAUUCCACUCAAUUUUUAGUAUUUUUUUCAAAGCAAAAACUGAAACUGCAUUUGAUGCAGUAAUCAAGAGGAUCUCUGGGUCUCGCAGCCUAGCCUACAUCGCAAGGGUGGCAUGAGAAGGUAUAAUAGAGGAUUAGGGGAUGGGGCAGGGAAUGAGAAAAAUGACAAUGGUGUGUCCCAUCUAGUCAAAAUUAAGUGUUUUAAAGUUCUUGUAUUCCAUUGGGAGACAUUUAAGGAUGUCCAUAACUCUGGAUUGUACCUGAAAUACAUUCCACUUUUGCUAACUACAUAGUUAGGCUGUUUUAAUUGGAUGAGUAAAUAAAAACAUACUUUGAUUACAUCAAUAAACCACUUUGGGCUGGAAUCAUUCUCUCUCAUUUUCUUUAUUUCCCUAGAAGUCCAUUAUUUCAAAAAAGGGUGUUUAGGUUUACUCUUAGGAAAGUUAUUUGUCUGGGAAAGUUCACAUGCAUAUCCAUGACAACUCUCAGAAAUCAUGGUAACGGAACGGUGGGAGGACAAUGGAUGGACUCGACAUGCAGAAGAAAAGAAAAAAGUCUGCCUAGUUGCAAAAGAGAGGCAGAAGACUUUUUCUUUCUUUUUUUAGUUGGUCACUAGGUUUAAUUUUUUUUAGGUCCAAUGUGAGUCCUUACUAAGGUUGCAAUCUUAACUAUGCAUACUUGGAUGUAAAAAUGGCAAAGUCUUGUGGCACCUUAAAGACUUAGCACAUUUUGCCAUAGUCUUUAAUGGGCUAGAGCAGUGUUUCUCAUACUUGUGUCCCCAGCUGUUGUUGGACUACAACUACCAUCAUCCUUAGCUGUCAGGGAUGAUGGGAGUUGUAGUCCAACAACAGCUGGGGACCCAAGUUUGAGAAACAUUGGGGUAGAAGGUCACUAACAUGUGCCCCUCCAGACAGCUGAUGUUCAGGGAUGGUGGGAACUGUAUUCCAAUAACAUCCUGAAGCCUAUAAGUUAGCCACCCCUGGACUAGAGCUUGGUUAGCCUGUGUCUAGGCUGUAUCUUGCCAUAUUUUCUGCUGGAGACUCACAUGGCAAAUUUUCCCCUUUGACCACCUUAGUGAGAAUGAAGCUAGUGAAGAUUGUUGAUGUAUGACUGUUUGGCCUGGUUAGCACAUAACUGUAAACUUUGUUUUUUUAGCUAUAGCUUAUUAAAUCAUGGGUUAGUGUUACGUGAGAAUCCUGCCCAGAAGCUUACCACAAUUGCCACCAGCAAACCACAGUGUGAAGCCAUGGUUUAUGGUUUGCUUAUGUGUUUAUUGUUUGCUUAUGUGUUUGCCUUAUUGCUUGGCAUUAUGCAGGAACCCAGCACCGUUAACUAUGGUUUGUUGGCCACUCAACUCCAGAGGCUCAACAAGUAAUAAAAGGCAAAAGUUGAGAAUGACUGGAAAACAAAAGAAGCCUUGGAGAAACAAGCUAGAAUAUAAUCAUGUGGAGUAAUUUGUGGUUUGUUAAACAAACCACGACUUAAAUCAAGAGUGAGGAACCUGUGGCCCUCCAUAUUUUGUUAAGUGCCAGCUCCCAUCAGCCCUAGUCAACUUGGUGAAUGGUCAAGGGUUAUGGGAACUGCAGUCCAGCAACAUCUAGAAAACUACACUUUAGCAAUCCCUGGCUUAAACAAACCAUGACGUAGUGUUAUGUGCAAACCAGGCUUCUGUUUUGUCUGCUUAGUAUUUCCAUGAUCUCUCUCAUGCAUCUGACAAGGCAGAUAAUAGCUUAUAUCACAGUAAAUUAGUUAAGUCUUUCAAGGUGCCACUGGGCUGUUCUGUCUGAUUUUAUUGCAAGAGACUAACAUAGUGGUCCUUUUAGAAUCUGCCCUUACCUUUAAGUAAAUCUGAUAAUAAACAGCUGAGUAAGCUUGCACUGGACUGGGGAGUUUGCUGCUUGUUAACUGGUAAGAAUUACAGAGCUCUCACUGUAAACCAGAGAUGACCAACCUUUCAGCAAUAGGGAUCCUGUAUUUUCAUAGUUGUAUAAAAGAGGAUAUUUUGGAAGGUGUGGCUUUUUAAGCUGUUCAGCCCUGUGGCGUGACUGAAGUUCAUCUGUCCAAAAUUCAUUUUUCUCUACAUAGGAAUUAAGGGUUUUGGAGCUCUGAUGUUGAAAGGUUGAUCAUCCCUGCUGUAAAAUGUCUUGACAUGUUACUGAGUGACAUGCUAUUUGAGAAGGUUAAAUGUAGUUCCCUUCCUUCAAUAUGGAGGGAACCUUUCACAAAGAGUCAUAUAAUAUGAUCAAAAGAGCUAAAUCAUGAAUUGCAUUCCUCUCUGAAAUCUGCUUAUUAGCUCUUAUUUGAGCUGUCAGCAGAACGUAUUAAGUUAAGGGCCUGUUUUUAAGCAAUCAAUGGAUUAAAAAUAAAUGAUAGUAUUUCAGUAAAAGUGGCAGGAAGCUUCUUAAAUAGUAUUAGUUGCUUUUUGACUGUAUAAUGUUAUUUGUAGUGUAUUUUAAAUUCACUCUCAAAAGAGAUGCGUAUGGUUUAAUGUGACAGUCGUAUAGAAUCCCAUUGACAGGAAUAAUUCAUAUUAAGAAUAUGUAGGUCCAGUAAUUUGCCUGGGAGCUCCAAUUGCUCUAGUGUUGAUGGACCAUGUAAUUUGAUCAGCAACCUGCAUGGUAGCCUCACAUCAAAGUAGUAUAAUAGUAAAAACAAUUAUUUAAAACAAUCAAGAUAUGAAUAAAAUUGUCACUUUAGCUGGCAGUUAAUAGAUUCAGGGAUCUUAACACCCAUAUGAAUGAGCAAAAGGUGCUUAGGCUUGUAGGGAGAGGGGUUGCUGAUUUUGUGUGCUGACGGAAGCUUUUGCAUGUUGAAUCCCACUCUGGAUGGUCUCCUGACUUUAGAAGCAACUGCAGGAGGCAUAUGGAGAUACCAGUGGAAAAGGCCUUUGCACCAUGCUGUGUUAAGAACUGUGAUUCUAAAACUUGAUCUUACCAAGUUCUCUCCAAGACAAGAAAAGGCUUCACUUCAGGGUGCAGAAUUGGUCAAAGCAGUUUUUGGCAUACCCUCAUUACCUGGGAGGGCUGUGGUGUCAUUUCAUCAGGUAUUUUGUUCUGCCUCACUUAAGGUCUGUUCUUCAAGAGGAAUAUUUCCCCAGGAUGCUUUAGUCGGUGGAUGGGAAAAGCUGAAAUGCCAAUUGAGCAAUUGUAGCCAAUAACAGCACAAAACAGGAGAACCUGUCAUUGAUCUAUUAGAGGUUCCCCAGAGAUCUAUUGUAUAGAUCCCAAGAAAAAAGCUACCCCAAAAUAAAAGUGGGAUUAAAAGUGUAUUCUUUGUUGGUUCUCAGUACUGUUGGUCAGUGCAACACCAGAAAAGAUACACAAAUUUAUUAGCGCCAGAGCUCAAUGACAAGGUGUCCUGGGGUUGAGAUGCUGGCGUUGGAGGAGAAUGAAGGGUAGAGGUAGCACAGACAAAAAUGUGACUGCGUAUGAAUGGGAGAGAAGUCUGCUCCUGCCCUAACCUGCCUAGGAAGCCUCACCAAAUACAUUCAUAACCAUCACAAUAAAAGUUCCCACACUGGGUGACUCAAUUAUUUGUAUCGUGCUGCUGCUCUGGCUUUUCCUUUUGUAAGAUAGAUUGCUUUGGGGCUACACAUUGGCUCUAAAAUUACUUGGAAAAUAAAUCAUUAAUUCUUAUGAUUUUGGCUGGCUCGGCAUGAGUAAUGAGUAAAAAAAGGACAGAAAGAAAAAGAGUUCGCUCAGGCAACUAAGGGCUACCCCCACAAAUGUGUUCACUUUUGGCUUGGGGUAGAAAUUAAGCUGCCAUGCUCUGAUUCAGAACAAUGCUGUCAUCAUGGGGAGCUGCUCCAAUGUGCUUUCAGAUGUUCAUAAUGUAUGUUAAAGAUGAGUCAGCAUUUUUAAUUAUAAAAAAGGUGUAGUGCCAUAGACUAGUUCUGGGGGGAACUAUUGUACUCAUGUUAUGCUUGUGGGCUUCCCAUAGGCAUCUGUUGGUCACAGUAAUAACAGAAUGCUGGACUAGAUCUGGGCUGGAAAGGUCCAGGGUUCUUGUGUUCUUUACACAAAGGUGGAACCCUUUGAUAUCUGGAGUUUUGACAAUUGGCAGACACACUUGUUGGUGAUGGAAUUAAGCAGACUUUUUGCUUUUGGUGUGUUUAUUCCCUCCAGAUAAUCUUUUAUCUUUAUCAGGCUGUGUGUUCCACAGCCCCUUUGUAUUCUUUUUCAAAGGUUCAUUUGUCAAAAAAAGGAAGAAGCAAGCCCUGGAUUUCUUCAUUGCAGUGCCUAUGUAUAUUGGAAGACUGUGCCUGUGAAAACAGAAAUGCAAACCAACUUAGGUUGGAUCAGGCUGUUCAGCCUUUUCUGUUGAUAGAAAUAUUAGCUGAUAUUCUUGCACAGGCAUCUUCAUUAGACCAAAAUAUGGAAGAGAAGUUGAUCUCUAGAGCCUGGGUGUAUAUAGACCAGAAUAUGGUUAGUAAAGUUUAGACAGUUAAUCUGUCCUCACAGAUUAUCCAAAAGAGUAAUGGCUCAAAAAUUUAAUGUCAUUUAUCUAUAGGGAGCUCAUGAUUUUCAGAAUCUAUAUUUUCAUUAAAAUUCUUUGAUCCUAAACUUUUCACUUGGAGGCUCAGUUGAAAUAAAUAUGUUUAGGAUCAGUUUAGAAAGCCAUUUGGCUUUACCCUAAUAAUGGCACAACUGAAGCAGGUCAUAGUAGGGACUAGGAGCCAGAGACACCUUAGGCUUCAUAGAACAGUUAGAUCAUGGGUAGGCAGACUAAGGCCCGUGGGUCGGAUCAGGUCCAAUUGCCUUCUGGAUCCGGCCCGUGGAUGGUCUGGGAAUCGCUGUGUGGAUCUCCAGCACGCGUGCGUUCUUUCCCUCUCCCUCACACGGCGGUGGCGCCUCCUCCCUCCCUCCCUCCCUCCUGGGUUCUUCCCGUCCUGCCUAGAGGAGGAAGGGGACUGGGCUUUGUUGGUGCCAGCAACAGCAGUGCUCGAGUGGCCACCAUUUUAAGCAGCCCCUCUCCAGAGCCCUUUCGCGUGCCGCUCAUUGUCCUGCCGCCAGCCCCUGCCGCUCACAAGACACAAGUAAGCAGCCACUGGGGCUCGUGGUGCUCUUGCAUCAUUUCCCUUCCCCCCCCCCAAAAAAUAGUCUGGCUCCCCACAAGGGAGGGGACAGUAGACUGGCCCCCUGCUGAAAGUUUGCUGACCGCCGAGUUAGAUUGUGGAAACGUAGCUGAUCUUAGCCUAGCCCGUAUAUGGAUGGAAAACUACCUGUGAAUUUCAUGUAAGCUGCUCUGAACUUUCCAAAGGAUGGAUGAGGCAUAUGUUGUAAGUGGUAUCCCUAGACUCAAACUGUGUGUGAAAGGAGUUCAUCUGGUACCCGAAUGUCUUUUAAAAUAAUUUUAGUCAUUCUUCCUCCUAUUGAUGACAAAUUUAAUUGCAAAUGAGUUACCUUUAUUGUGUUUGGCUCCACAACAUCAUUUCCUUUAAUAUAGUUAUUCCCAUAUUGCAGGCAGUGGCUCCUCCAAACUAUAUCUUCAGAAAUAUCAAGUAGCCCUUAGCAUUGUGCCAUUUCACAAUUCAGGUGUGUGGGAUUUGAUGUUUUUGGUGAUUCCAUGUAUAAAAACUCUUGGCACAGAUUAAAAACAAGCACAUCUGGGAGAAGGUUAGGCCAAAACCAUGCUCCCUGAUGUGGUAGCUUUGUGGGCAAGAAGUUUUAGAUGUUUGGAGACAGUGAUAAUGUGAUGUCUACCACAACCCCCAAUCUGCAUUCUCAAGUUGCAGGGUCCCAGCAGUGCCAGACUAUGUUUAGUUUGAAUAAGUGGAUUGGCUGGCAAAUGGAUCUGUGGUGGAGAUAGAUUUCAACCCAAGUCUUCCAGAUCUAAGUGUAACUUUCUACCCACAGACUGUAAACUUAACUGCUGGUGUAACAACCUGUUUCUCUGUGAGUUUUGAGGUUUUAACUUCUUUUAUCUCUUCCUUGUAGCUUUCUGUCAACAAAACUAGCCUUAGGGUUAAUGACCAUGCUGCAGAUAUAAUUCUACUGUGACAUAUUGAAAAGAAAAGAUACAAAAGAAGCAAACUAAAAUAAUACUUUGUUGUUUUUGGAAUCUGUUUUUGUUAUGGUUUUAGGCAUUCCCCCAGCUAAUAAGAGAACAUGUUUCUAGAGAUGCAAUUUAAGUCGUUUCAAGGUUUUGUUUGUUUGUUUGUCCCAGAGCCGAAUCCCAUUUUUAUUUGAUCUGGAUCCCAGUAUUAUCCAAUUUCAUGACCCAGCAGUGUCUGCAAGAUGCAAGGCUGAAAUAAUAAAGAUUCACUCUUCCAAACUUUGAUCAGGUCAGCUCUGUGUACACUUGUUCAAUGAUCCUGCACCAUUGGACUAGCUACUUGGUUCACACAUGUUCUCGGUGGUGCAAUUAAGUAAUUUUAGAUUCUUUACUUCCCUGAUGUUGGGAAAGAUGGAGGGCACAAGGAGAAGGGGACGACAGAGGACAAGAUGGUUGGAUAGUGUUCUCGAGGCUACCAGCAUGAAUUUGACCAAACUGCGGGAGGCAGUGGAAGACAGAAGUGCCUGGCGUGCUCUGGUCCAUGGAGUCACGAAGAGUCGGACACGACUAAACGACUAAACAAUAACAACAACAAGAUUCUUUACUUAAUGUUCUUUCUGCGGGGGCGCUCUUUUGAUGGCAGCAUGUAUUAAUUUGCUUCAAAAUGUGAUAAACUAGCUCUUGUACAUUUUGGGAGCACCUCUUUCUUCUGUUUGGUGAGGCACUGGCCUUCUGCCCCAAAGUCCUGCCCUGAUCACUGUGUGAUCACUAAGUGGGAAGCUCUCAUUGGAAGUCUUGCUGUUCAUGAGGAAGUAGCACCCCACCCACCCCCAAGAUGUUGGCCAUCCCUGCCUUGGAAUGUUUGAAUGUGGAACAGGAAAUAAGGUGUAUGUCGAAUUAUUAUUUUUUUGCUCCUGAACUGAGGACAAGAGUGAACAAAAAGAUAGCCCUAGAUACUGGUGUAAAACUUUCAAAAGGGUGUGAUAGCAUGUUUAACUUCAUUUCAAACAACCUUGCCAAGAAGCAGUCAAAUCAAAGAAGAUAAGUAGGGCAAGGACACUAAUGAUCUCAUUUGAAUGUUUGGGACUGUGCUUUGCAAACCUUUAAUGAGCGUAGAUUGAACCACAGUACUGGCAUUCAAGAAGAUUUAACAGUCUGCUUCAUAACUUUUCUUGUGGUUUGUAGUACCUAAGCAGUGAUGUCACUCCAGUCUAUCCCUGUGGGUGUGCCCAACAACCAGAGUUUUGAUGAUUGACAUGAGUCUGUAGUACUUCAUACCUGCUGGUUUCCUUAAAUGGACUCGAAACUGAUUAACAAUGACACACAUUAAUCAUUAUCCAACAGGCUCCUUACAUUGCAUUUAUUCUGUUUACUCUAACAUUCUAAGGAAAACAGGAAAAAAACGGUUUCCUAGGGUUAUUUUUGUAGUCAUUUUCUUGAUGAAAAUAAUAAUGUGAAAAGAAUGUAUAAGCAUGUCUACUCAACCAACAUUGGUGGGUUUCCCAGUCCACACCUUGAUUCAUCACCAGGUUGCCAACUCAUCAGGAAAAAAACCCUGUGAUAUCACUUGUGCCUUUUAAAUAGCAGCUUAACAUGGAGAAAUCAGUGUGAACAGUUGUAAAGCAUGGAGAUAAAUGGUCUUAUUUUGGAGGCUGGUUCAAAAGUUGGUAGCUUUAACUGGAGACAUCAUGGAACUCCUAGAUAAAAAUUGUACCAAGUGACCUUGUUCUCAGAGUUUGAAGCUUUGUAGUUGAUCGCACUUCAGCAAAGACAUGCAAAACUUGUUUCCAUAUCUUUUUGUAAUAAACCCCUCCAGCAUCUUGAUCCAACCUUUGAAGCUGGUUGACUGAGCUGACACUGGCAGAGAAAGAAGAAAAGAAUAUUUCGUAGCAAAUCUGCUUUUUCAGCAAUACUCAGCUCUGAAUUUAAUACUAUAUCCUUUAAGGCAUUUUGAGAUCUCCCAGCUGUGUAGUGAACAACUUCUGCAACUGCUUAGGCUCAGCAAAAAGCCAUAUUUGUGAACAUUUUAUGCUGGUUGCCUGUAUUAGUAAGCAUGUCUUGGAUGUUUUCGUGCUGGGAUAUUGGUUUGCAUGGGGAAUUCCCUCCGGGGGAGGAAGAUUCCUUCUUGAGCCUCCUGUAAGGGUUACAUAAAACCAUAGGGCAGGAUUCACCUAACAAACCCUGUUGGUAGAAGCCCCAUGCAAGGGUUUGGGCUUGCUCAAAGGGGCUCCACUCCACACACCCCUGAAAUUGGCUUGUUGGGAGGGGGACUCAGGAAAACCCCCAGAAAACCAGGGAAAGGGGAUAAUUUCACUUGGCAAGCUAAUAUGCUUUCACAGGUGGGGUGUUCAACAUAGUGUGACAUUGAAUUCCACCCAUGGUGUUUUUAGGAUAAAGUGUUGCAGGAGUGUGUACCUUAAGGGGAAUAACACAGAAUAUGAAUAACCCUCUUACAGUGUAAUUCUGUACAUGUGUACCCAGCAGUAUGUUCCAUUUAGUUCAAUGGGGUUUACUUCUAGGUAAGUGCAAAUAGAGCGCAGCAGCUACAAAUAGUAGAGAUAAGGAGACAUGUAUGAGAAAAGUAUACGAGAAGGUAAUUUUGUGGCCUGUUUGUACAAUUUACACUGAUAACACUUAACUUUACCGUGGGAUAAAUGCUACAGGUUUUUCCCCCAGCCCAAAACUCAGAUUUUAACAGUUGCAUAAAGUGGAUAUUACAGUGGUGCCUCGCAAGACGAAAUUAAUUCGUUCCGUGAGUUUUUUCGUCUAGCGAAUUUUUCGUCUUGCGAAGCACGAAAUCCCAUAGGAAUGCAUUGAAAUCCAAUUAAUGCGUUCCUAUGGUCAAAAAAAGUCCAAACAAAGCCAAAUUUGGUACAACAAGAGUUUAUUAACUGCUCCUUAAAGUCACACAUACUGUAAAGAGCAUUUCAAAAAUUGAAGGAACAAUAAAUUAAGUUUCUAAACAUGACAGGAAAAACAUUUAAAAAUCAACAAAGUGUACAUUACAUUUUCUAAGACUCUGGGGACCACUCGAAGAAGGUUCCUCUUCCACUCUUUGCUUCUUGCUUAAGAACCUGUCCAUGGUCUGCUGCUUCAUCCGCCUUUUCAGCACCUCCCUGAAAGACGACAUGACCCUUGUAUCAAAAGUGUUCGCAAGGUCACGUGUCACGUGCUUGUCAGGGUGGUUCCGCUCUGCAAAAGCCUGCACAUCCUUCCACUUCAGGCAAAUGUCCCUCAGUUCUUUGGAGGACAGCCGUUCCUCAGUUGCUUCUUCCUCUUCCAGCGAGGCCUGCUCCUGCGCAGCCUCUGCCUGCAGUUCGACCAGCUCCUGGGUGGUCAGCUCGUGGUCGUGCUCCUCCACCAGCUCGCUGACGUCGUCCUCUGUGACCUCCAGGCCCAUGGUCCUCCCCAAGGCAACAAUGUCCUGCACCACUGUUGACUCUGGUGCAUCAGAGUCACUUGGUGCCACACAGUCCGGCCACAGGCUGCGCCAAGCGCAAUUCAAAUUUCUCUGGCUGAUCCCUUUCCAGGCCGUGGUGACCAUCUUCAAGCAGGUGACGAUGUCGAAGUGGUCCUUCCAGAAUUCCUGCAGGGUGAUGGUGGUGCAAUCAGUCACCUCGAAGCAUCGCCUGAAAAGCUCCUUGGUCUAGAGUUUUUUGAAAUUGGCGAUGACCUGCUGAUCCAUCGGCUGGAGCAGUGGCGUGGUGUUAGGCGGCAGGAACAUGAUGUUGAUGAAGCUGAACUCCUCCAACAAGUCCUCCUCAAGGCCUUUAGGAUGAGCAGGAGCAUUGUCCAUCAGAAGCAAAGCCUUCAGCGGCAGGUCGUUGUCCAGCAGGUACUGUUUGACAGCAGGGCCAAAAGCAAGAUUGACCCAGUCCACAAACAGCACACGUGUGACCCAAGCCCUACUGUUGGAUCGCCACAUGACACUCAGCUGCUCCUUGUCGACCUUGUGUUUCUUGAAGGCCCGUGGGUUCUCCGAGUGGUACACCAGCAGGGGCUUGAUAUUCAGGUCGCCGCUUGCGUUGGCACAGAAAAGCAGGGUCAGACGGUCCUUCAUGGGCUUGUGGCCAGGCAACUUGGCCUCCUCCUGAGUGAUGAAAGUCCUUUUGGGCAUCCUCUUCCAAAACAGCCCGGUCUCGUCGCAGUUGAAGACCUGCUGUGGAACGUAGCCCUCCGUCUUCACAACCUCCAGGAACUCCAAGGCAAAGUCUUCAGCCGCAGGAACAUCAGAACUGGCAGCUUCUCCAUGCCUGACCACGCUGUAGAUUCCAGAUCUCGUCUUGAACCGGUCAAACCAGCCUCUGCUUGCCUUGAAGACUUCUGGCUCGCCUGAGGUUCCUGGCUGUUCCCGGAUGAGGUCUGCGUGCAAGGCCUUGGCCUUCUCACAAAUCACGGCCUCAGUCACUGUAUCCCCUGCACGCUGCUUCUCUUCUAUCCAGAUGAGGAGCAACUUCUCGACCUCCUCCAGAACAGCUGGGCGGUUCUUCACGAUCCUGGUGACUCCCUUGGCUGCAUCAGUCGCAAGGAUCUUCUCCCUCAUCUUCAGGAUGGUGCCGAUGGUCGAUGGGUUCCUGCCGUACUCCCUGGCGAGGUCCGUCACACGCAUUCCACCGUCGUUCUUCCGGAUGAUCUCCUUCUUCAUUUCCAGCGUCACCUUCUCCUUCAUCCUCUCACCCGCCUCUGCAGCAGCAGUCUUCUUGGGUCCCAUGGCAGCACAGCUCCUAGCUUCGUAAACUCAGAAAAAUAAAUAAAAAUCAGUGAUUCAGACCCAAAAAAUUCAAAAGCACCCAGCCACCCACCACACAGGAAUUCAAACCCUGAACCAAGUCCUUGAAUUCCAAGCACCCAACCCAAAAUCCAAAAAGUUUUAAAAGUUUAACUUAACUUAUGAAAUGGCUGCAAAUCACCAAAGUCUUCAAAAUCCUCAAAUGGCUGCAAGAGAAGUUUUGGAAAAGCUUUAAAAAUCGCCAAAGUCUUCAGAAACCUCAACUGUUCCCCCAGCCACCCACCCACCACACAGAAAUUGCAAACCCCUCCCCAACUGUUGCAAACCCCUCCCCAACUGUUGCAAACCCCUCCUCAACUGUCCCCCCAGCCACCCACCACACAGAAAUUCAAACCCAGAAUUUUUUUUUUGAAAAAAACAACAUGGCCCAAUGGUCACAGAAAAUCAUAAAAAUUCAAAAAAAACCCACACAAGCUCCCAGAUUCUUGCAACCCCCUCCUGAACUGUCCCCCCAGCCACCCACCACACAGAAAUUCAAACCCAGAAUUUUAUUUUUUUUAAAAAAGUGCCCCAAUGGUCACAGAAAAUCAUAAAAAUGCAGAAAAAAACCACACAAGCUCCCAGAUUAUUGCAAACCUCUCCCCAACACCAAGUCCUUGAAUUCCAAACACCCCAACCCAAAAUCCAAAACCCCCCCAAAAAAGUUUUAAAAGUUUAACUUACCAAACAGCUGCAAAAGAAGUUUUGGAAAAGCUUCAAAAAUCAGCAAAGUCCUCAAAAACCUCAGAAAAGGCUACCACACCGCGUGCAAUGUGUUGCUCCUCGAAGUCAAGUCGCAACUGCACCUCUUCCAGCAAUGCACCCUGGGUAUUAACGGUUUUACGAAAAAGGAAACAAACUUGCAAGACGUUUUCGUCUUGCGAAGCAAGCCCAUAGGGAAAUUCGUCUUGCGAAGUGCAUCGAAAAAUGGAAAACCCUUUCGUCUAGCGAGUUUUCCGUCUUGCGAGGCAUUCGUCUUGCGGGGCACCACUGUAUUUCUUUUGAUGUGGUCCACAACUAUCCCUGCCCUCCAUUCAUUUCACUCAGAUGUUUUGAUUUGUGUUGGCAUUUGGAUGCUUGCAACUGACACCUCUGUUAUGUCCUUGCUUACUUGUGAACCCUAUUUAUAUCUAUUGUAAGACUGCAAUUCCUUGGCUGCAGGUUUUUGAGAAAGUCUCAUUCCAUUUGUCAAAGGUCUUUUGAUCCAGCAUAGACUCCUACAGGUAGACGACAGGGACACUCUUUUUGCCAGUUCCUCCUUUCCUUGCAUUCCCACUUCAUUGUUCUGGAAGGGCCCCUACAGAUUUUCAAGGGGAUAGAUAAUCUGAAAAUUGCCUCCCCCGCUUACGCUGGAGGGAACGUCCCAUGAGCAGAGUUUUGCUCACAGGAACUCACGAUCCAAGCAUGUGUGUGCAUUUUUUGUUGACAGGCAUUUAGAUACAUGAGCAUACCUUUGUUUCUCAAGCUGCUUUCUUGCAGCACUAAAGAUAUUUUUUUCAAAUGGCACCCCUUGCUGAGCUUAGAUUUGUAAUCUCUUAAAUUGAGGAUAGUCUGUACAAUAUCAGUCUUUUCUGACAGCUUAGCUGUAGUUAAUGAUUCUUGGCUGAUGUUUGACCUGCCUAAAAACUUGGGGGUUAAAAAACAAUUAGAAAGAUAAAUGUUGUCGGUAAUAACAGCCUAACCUCCAGAAAUCCUUCCGAACAAUCACGUGUAUGUUUUGAGUCUCCAGCCGUGGGUCUUGUCAUGCAUAUUGAGCCAACCCUAUAAACCACUGUACUGGCAAAGCAGUGUGUGAGAUAUUGUGCCAGUGGAUGAGACCAGUAUACAAUUGCAAUUUGGUGAGCUGAGCUGCUCUUGCAUUGGAUAUCAGAGCAAUAGUAGCCAUUGACACUACUAUUGCAGAUUUUCCUCUUGUUUUACAGAAUUUUCAGUUACCUUUAUAAAUAACCGCUCAGUCAUCCCUGAUAGCUAUCAGCAGCUACCCAUGCUGUUCCUAUUCCAACUACACUCUUCCAUCUAAAUUUUUUCAAAGUCUUGCCAGUGCAAUGUUGACUUGGAAGUCACAGUAGCUACUGUGGUGCAAGCCAGGACACUAGAAUCUAAAACUGGGUAUAUUUGUGGCAGCCUUUCUUGCUUUCAGAGCUCUCAGUUGCCAACCCUUAAUUGUAGGGAUAUACGCUUUCUUUUUUCCUUUAUGCAUCUAAUAUACAUGAGCAACUUGAAUAGAAACAAGUGAUCCAUGAUUUAGCCUACCCUGAUCCAAGAAGUUAGCUUUGGUGUUUCUUUAACUUCCAUCAUGCACAACUUUUGUUUUCUAGAAUUAAGAAUGAUAGCAGCUGGGAAAUUUGCAAGUCUCCCAAGAAAUAUGCAGAUGAGCCAUGAGUUCUCGCUGGCAUCUUCUAUGGACCUUUUGAGCAGCAAACCAUCUCUGGCAGACCAUCGCUCCCAUACCUGUCAAGAUGUUUCCAUUCAUGGCACCCUUCCGAGGAAGAAAAAAGGGACCAUUCCUGUUGGACCCUGUGAUGUUUUUAGCCACAUGGGGACUUCGCCUUACUCCAAAGCACAUCGACCCCAAGAACCUUUGAUGCAAGGUGUUAUAGGGGAGUAUUUCCAGAAAAACCACAAGAGUGAGAACUUCCACCACAGGUAAAUCAUGUUACAUUUUAAACCUGCUGUGGGUGCUACCUAAGUUUAUUGGUAUUUCUAGUGAUGCUUAAAAUAUUGCAAUGCAUAGGUGAACACAUAUUUGUUUAUGCUCAUCAUAAGUAAAUAUGCUGUCCUUUUACAGAUGUUGCUUUAUUUGCUUGCUUAUAGCAGCCAUUCAUAUGUAAAUAACUUGAACUUUUUUUUUUUUUAAAGUGAGUAGCAGGCACAGUGGCAGAAUAAAAGUAAACCAUCUUGCUUACCCUGCCCAUGCCUAAAACGACCAUAUCUAUUGGCUCUCUUUUUCCCCUCUAUGCAUAGCCCUGAGAGGAACCAAUAUUACAUUUGAUGCUCACCCAGCAGUAACUGUAGCAAUGUGCUCCUUUUGCAGUGCCCAGUUGUUCUUUCUUAUGCAUUGCGGUUAACAAGGGAAAUGAUUUUUAGCCUUAAAAAAAAAAAAAAAGACUAGCAGAUGUGGCCGUCUUUCAUCUCUCAAACAAAAGCAGCAGGCAUCUGUCACAUAAAUUGCUUCUUUGUCUGUUUUGGCCUCCGUUUGCAACAGCAUGUCUUGUUUGGUUAAACAUCUUUAGUUUUGAUUUGACACAUUGGGAGCUCUGUCUCAUUAGAGAUACUGCUAGGUCUCUCUGCGUUGGGGGACAGGAAAGUGAAGUUGGCAUGAAAAGACUGGGUUGUGUGCAAUGUUAGUUAUACUCUGAGUAAAAAAAGUAAAGGUAAAGGACCUCUGACAGUUAAGUCCAGUCAUGAACGACUCUGGGGUUGUGGCGUUCAUCUUGCUUUACUGGCCGAGGGAGCCGAUGUUUGCCCGCAGUUUUUCCAGGUCAUGUGGCCAGCAUGACUAAGCCGCUUCUGGCAAAACCAGAGCAGCGCAUGGAAAUGCCGUUUACCUUCCCGCCAGAGCGGUACCUAUUUAUCUACUUGCACUUGACGUUCUUUCGAACUGCUAGGUUUGCAGGAGCUGGGACCGAACAACAGGAGCUCACCCCAUCGCGGGGAUUCGAACCGCCGACCUUCCGAUUGGCAAGCCCUAGGCUCAGUGGUUUAGACCACAGCGCCACCUGCGCCCUGAGUAGACCCAUUGAGUAGACCCAUACUCUGAGUAGACCCAUUGAAAUGAAUGGAUGCGGCCAGUUUAGACCCAUUAAUUUCUGUGGAUCUAUUCUGACUAAAGCAUAGUUAGAAGAAUUCAUUGACAUCACCAUGUUGCAAAUAUUUAUUCCAAAACUUAGCAGCAAAAGGCACAAUCCACAAAACUUUCUCCCUUGCCAUGCACCAAUGAAGGCAGUUGAGUCCUGGCAAACCGCUGGCGUACCUGGCAUUGGAAGCACAUGGGGUGCAGCUGCUGUUCAGCAGCUGCUCCUAUUGCUGUGACUGGCUACAGCAGCUGCUCUUGGACUGUCCAGGAGCUAAGAUGCUACAGGCUGAAGACUGCCGCCUGAGAGCUUUUGUAACUGAGUUGUACAGUCUCUGAAUACCUGAAGUCUGACUAGGUUAGGUGUGUCAUCACUUCACCCUACAGCAAGGUCUAGGCAAGGUCGGAAAAGAUGGGUACAUUCCACAAGGGCUUGGGCCCAGCCCAGGCUGCAACCCGUCACUGUGAGGAAAAACUCUAAGGCUGUGCUUUAUCAUGCUUGAGGAUAUUUAUGCAGAUGUGUGUAUCAUUGUGGGAUAAUGUAUAGAUAAUCUUGUGGGGUUUGCAGAAAGCAGCAUUCAGACAGAACAAACAACUUUAUGAAUGGUUUGCUGCUCAUCUAGGCCCUUCCCUAGAACAGAGAGUGAACCAUGGAAACUCUAGGGGUAGUAAUCUGAUAUACAGAGGGAUGUGUGCCUCCCUGUGUUAUACUUUGAACUCUACUGGACAGGAAACAGGCUGAUGACCAAUCUUUUUUAUAAAAAAAAGAAAAGGGAGAAUUCAGCAGAUUACAGGCUGGUCAAUCUGACUUCAUUACCAAGGAAGAUGCUAGAACAGUGGUUCCCAAUUAGGGGUCCAGGGACCCCUGGGGAUCUGCGGAACACACCCAGGGGGUCCGGGGCCCCAUCCCUUGCCUCUCCCCCAACUAAUUUUUUCUCAUUUUUGCAUGGUAAUAUCACGAAUUUUAUGGUCUUUUUUUUUUUAGUAUACCUAAAAUCCUUUGCUACCCCACAUUUUGUUUAAAAAAAAUGCUUUGCAGAGCUAACUACCAUAGAGUUAUCAAAAUUUUCAAAAGUAGGGGGGCUGUGGCUUGGCUUUUGAAAAAUAGGGGGUCCUCAGUAAUUAUCUAAUCGGGAACCACUGUGCUAGAACAUGAAGUCCCAAUAAGCAUUUUGUUGUAAGCAUCUUCAUAACAAUGCAGUGAUUAGCAGAAAGCCUAGCAUGGAUUUGUUGAGUGUAAUUUCUGCCUGAUACCCCUGCCUCUCUUUGGGUUAGUAGUGUAGUUGAUUAUGGAAAUGUGGUGGAUGUAAUUUACCUUGAUUUCAGCAAAGUUGGUUGGAAAACUAUACUCGGGGAUCACCAAUGGUUCCCCGUCAAACUGAAGGGUGGUUUCAAACUGAGUACUGCAGAGCUCUGUUCUAGACCUGGUUCCCUUUGACAUUUUUACCAGCUACUCAGAUGAAAGCGAUGGAGGGGAUCUUUAUUCAAUUUUGCAAAUGACGCAAAACUUCGAGGUAUCUUUUCUUAGUCUAAAAUGUUUUAGUUUGCUCAACUUGGUACUUGGAUUGUUAAUGCCAAGUAUCUGUUCACCAUGGAACUCAUUAUUCAACUUUUCCUUAAAAGCCACAAAGUACUAUAAUGUGGGACAGUGGUGGGUGAUGUGUUCCUCAGUAAUAUUGCUUACCACAGCCCAACAGCUAUUGAGUCACCAAGGGAAGGUUGUGGAAUCCUUAGCUCUGGAAGCUUUUAUAAAGUAGCUGUGUAUAAUCAUCUCUUGAGUGGUUUGUGUUAAUCCUAUUUUCCAUGCAGGUGGAUAGACUUCAGAUGAUGAAUGUUGGAGAGAGAGAAGGGUGUGGGAAUUGGAUGACUUCUAGAGACCUAUUUGGACAAUAGUUCUAUAAAUCUGUGAUAAUACAUCUUUUAAAAUACGGUGUUACAUUUACUGCACUGUAAAGAAGAAAGAAUGGCUUGCUAUUAUAAGUGAGGUACUAUUUCUCCCUGAACUUUAUAAUAUGGCUUUGAAAAGGGCUUGAAGAACAGGCAGUCCAGAUACUAGAAUUCACAAUGUUAACAGUAAAUAUAUGGAAGUUUUUUGUUGUUGAAUGUCAACUUACGUACAUGAACUUUGAUUGAGUUCAGACACAUUUUGUAAACAUCCAAGUGUGACUCAAAUUGGGUCUACCAGACCCCAAAUUUUUAAGCAAUGUAGACUAAAGUCGCUUCUGGGGCUCCUCCUGGAUUAGGGCCCCUGAAGCUUAAGCUUCAUUAAUUUCAUAGUAGACCCGCCCCUGUGUUUCCCUCCAUGUGAUCUCAGUUGCGUACGGACAGCAGAUUAGCACAUGCUCACCCUGUGUGUGCUAUUGUCUGUGCCCCCACCCUCACACUUGUCAACCUGUCAGGGGAAGAUCUGAAAGGGGGAAAUCCAGCUGAAUGGAUUGUAAGCUGUCUCCAUGAGCUGUAUGUGUAAGAUAGAGCCUACACAUGUCAUUAGCUAUAUCCUCUUCAGACCGUCCUCUACCACGUCAACGGUUUUUGGGAGGAGCUGUCAUGAAGUACAAUUGUGUGGUGCAGAGGGUGCAUGGCCCUGCUGUGCGAGUCUUCUUGAUUGAGAUCACAUGGAAAGAAAUGCCCUAAGGAGGAGGCUUAUUGUUGUUGUAGAGCAACCUUAUCAGAAGGUUGCUGCUUGUUUGAGCUGGUUUAUGAACUUAUUGCCUUGUCUAACUUUUGCUAUUUUACUGGAUGGUACAAAUAGGCAGAGAUACUAUCAGAAGAAGAAUGCUCUGCUGCUGGAUUUCACAGGCCUUCUUUCACGUAAGCAAUCUAGUGUGUUGAUAUAGUGGGGUAAAGAUUGCACUUAUGUCCCCAAGCAAGCAAGAAUGUAGCUGUUUAAGCAUAUUAUUUAUUAUAAAUGCAGGUGACUGUUUAGCUUGUACAUAAACAGUGGUGUUUUAUGCAGCCUUGGCAGUUGGAAAUUGGGAAGAGCGCAGGCAUAGGUUUUGCUUAACCCAGUAUAAUAAUUCCAAACUCUUCCUGGGCACAAUAGUGUGCCCUAAGUUUAGUGUGUCUUAAAAUUUAAUUCACAAACGCCUAGGAUGCCCCCCCCCCCAAAAAAAAACUUGCCUGCCAACACAAAAGACUGUUUGAGUCACUGUUUUAGCCAUGUCUCCUCUUUAAAGAAAGAAAUACAGUGGUGCCCCGCAAGACGAAUGCCUCGCAAGACGGAAAAACCGCUAGACGAAAGGGUUUUCCGUUUUGAAGUUGCUUCGCAGGACGAAUUCCCCUAUGGGCUUGCUUCGCAAGACGAAAAUAUCUUGCGAGUCUUGAGAUUUUUUUUUCGCUUCCCCCCCCCCCUUUAUCUAAUCUGCUAAGCCUUUAAUAGCCUUUAAUAGCCUUUUAGCAGCUAAUCCCCUAAGCCUUUAAGCCUUUAAUAGCCGCUAAACCGCUAAUAGCGCUAAUAGCGCUAAUCCGUCAAUGGGCUUGCUUCGCAAGACGAAAAAACCGCUAGACGAAGACUCUCGUGGAACGGAUUAAUUUCGUCUUGCGAGGCACCACUGUAUAUGAAGUAAUAAAGAACAGUCCCAAGUAUCUGGCAUUUGCAAGCUUAUAUGGUGAACAUUAUGCUGCUGCUACAUGCUUUUCCACUUUCACCAUCAGUAUAAGCAAAGCAAUCUUGUAGUUUUAGAAAGUUUGAGAUGCAGAGAAACAAAAAAAAUCCUUCCGGUAGCACCUUAGAGACCAAGGUGCUACUGGAAGGAAUUUUUUUGUUUGUUUAGACUACGGCAGACCAACACGGCUUCCUACCUGUAAUGAGAUGCAGAGGUUUGCCUUGAGUUGUCUUUAUUGACACAUUGGGCCAAAUCUCCCAUUGCUGCCAGUGCUCAGAUACAUGCCUUUUAUAUAUUUUUGUAUUACCACUCUGAGGUCUUUAUGGAAAGGGGUGGUAUAUAAAAUUAUUUUACAUAGUAAAUGUAAAAUGCCUUAUCGGUAGUGGCACCCUCCCUGUGGAACACCCUCCCUUCAGAUGUCAAGGAGAUAAAGAAAUAGAAGACACCUGAAGGCAGCCCUGUAUUGGGAAGUUUUUAAUGUUUGAUGCUUUAUUAAGUUUUAUAUAUUCUGUAAGCCGCCUGGAGUGAAUGGGGAAACCAGCCAAAUGGGCAGGGUAUAAACAAUAAAAUUAUAAAUAAAUAAAUAAAUAAAUAAAUAAGACACACACAAAAGAAAUAAUACAUGAAUCAUCAAAAUGCAUCAACAGUUUAGUAUGACGUUUAUAUUUUGACACUUGUCCCUUCCAAAAUAUAUUUGAAAUGGGGACAUCAUAGCUUCCUCAUUGUUGCUCUCAUAUGUUUUCUUUUUUGAUGCUCUGUAAAAUACAUAUCCAAGCACGUGAAGCAGACAUGCACGUUCUGUUCAGGGAUGUGUCCCGGGCUGCAGAAUGUAAAAUCAGUCCUGAGAGAAGCUUUUGUUACUGGCAUAUCUGAGAGCACAUAUGGUUUGUGAGCUAUGACAGAGUAUUAUAACUUGUGUACAUUACAGUUUUAUUGAAAUCUACCUCUGAGCACGUUCCUGAGGAGGCUUGACCAAACCAAGUGUCCUGAUUUCAACUGUUGUUGUUUGGCUCUGUAACUCUCACAGGAAACCUGUAGAGUUGAUUGUGUAGUGCAAAAAUUCAAUUUGGCUAUAAUGCAGGAAUGCUCUGGUUGCAAAAUCAUGAUACAUAUUUUUAAAUGCAAAUAUACACUGGCACUCUAGAGCGAAAGUAAUGCAUAACAGAACUUAACUCGCAUUACAAAGACAUUAAAAAUGAGAGAGAAGCAGGGAAGAAAAAUGCAAGUAGGUCUCUGGAAUGUGCAGUGCUCUUCAGGCAACUUAUGCAUACGGAUUUCAAUUUUUUUUUUACUUUAUUUAAAAAUUCCUUUCUUAUCUCAUGAUGCUCAGUCAAGUCAUCAUUCAGUAUCAGCUACUCAAGUAUUUAAAAGUAUUUCAAAAGUGCAUAGCGAAGAACGGCUGCUGUGAGAAUGCAGAGACAUAAACUUGUUGAUAAUUUUGUCCUGGAAAGAUUUAUGGCUAUUUAAAAGGAGCAAGCAUGCUUGUUAAAGGAGGGGGUAUAAGCAUUUGAAACACACAGGGCUUGUUUAAUUCUGAGAGCACUGAUGUGCACAUUGCUUGGCAAAUGUCCAUCAGCUACAUGGAUAAUUGAAGCACCAGCUAUAUUGCUGUUAUGGCUUAGGAAGCUCUGUCGCAGCUGCAAGUGAAUGGUAGAAAUUAUUUUGAGAUCAGCUGGGAGUUCUACUGCUUUGGACCUCAACAAAAUAGAAGGCAGGCUCAUUAGGUGACUGAAGACUGCUUGGUAGGCUUUGUCUCCUGGCUCUUUGACUUCAUGCCAAGCUUCCCUAAGCCUCAUCUGACUUGGAAUCUUGGAGUUGGAAGGUAACUCAAAGGUCAUUUAUUCCCACUCCCUGCCAAUACAGGAAAUUACUGUUGCAGCACCAUUUGGUAACGCUACGUCCAUUGCUGAUGUAAAAGAGGAGCAAAAUGGGGAGGGGUUGAGGGAGAGCAUGACUUGGAUCCUGCAGGCAUGAAUAACUUCCAUUCUGACCUCUUGGCAUUUGAGAUCACUUCUUUGCAUUUGAGCUAAAAAGAAAAGAAAAGUGAAUUUUCAGAGAACUGGAAGCCACAAACAGUUUCCUAUGAGCACAGUGUGGUCUGUUGCAAUGUUGGUAUAUAGAGUUCACAUACCAGCAUUCUUCUUUGGUAGAUGGAUAAGAUACCCUGUUGACCUUGUUGGGAUUUGCUUUGGCGUUUGAAUCCUAAUGUAUUCCUGAAGUCUUGGUUGCACAUACAGGUAUAGUUUGGCAAAUGCUCAAGUCGGGCCAUAUACCGGUAAGUCCAGUCAAGGUCCUUCUGCACCUUAACUGCAAACAUCCUAACACCUGCUGUUCCCCACACCUGCUGUUUCCCACACCACCCCUGACAUGCAGAUUGUGUACAGGGGGAGUAGAGCUGCAUGCUGGGAGCUUGGGAAAAAUAAGCACAGUGACACCAAGGAACGAUUUGUAAUGGCCUGCCCCAGAACUGCAGUAAGUUCAGAAGCUGCUGGCAGCGAAUGCUGUACUGAAGCUCUAUAGGAGUUCUGUUUGCACAGUUCAGGUUUGAAUGGUAUUUUAAGGAACUUAAUGAACAAUAUAGUUGUCCCCCAACCACUUGGUUCUUCUGUUUUAAAAAGGCUUCCGAGAUCCAGCUUCACUGCAAUGCUCUGUGUCUUAGCUUUCACAUUUUGCUCUGGUGAUUUGGGUAGGGGAAGCCUUUCAAAUUUGUUUUACACUUACGCACUUACUCAGUUUCAAAUCUCCAGAACUAGUGACUGACACACACACGGACAACUCUUUACUUGUGAAAUGAGCACAUGCCAUGUACUCGAGGAGUGGUACGUGUUGGUUAAGUUAAUUGACAAAUACCAAAAUGCCAAAGAAUGCAUUCUCAUCUCAAGAGAUUUAUGCAUCUAAGAGCCAUCAGAAUGAGCAUUGAUAAUGAAUUGGAGUCCAGCUGUGUAGUGCUUGGUAGAUGACAGAAGUGGAGCUAUUUGAAACUGCUUUUUAGCUUUUAUUUUUGGUGUGAAAAUGCUGUUCAAAGACUAUUCAAAUAUCGUGUGCAAAAUGCAGUGCUAAAAUGCUAUUGAUUAUUGUAACCAGUAGAAAUGUGAACUCAAUUUACUUGAUGCAAAGUUUUAGAGGACAAUUUUUUUUUUCUUAGAUCAGUCUUGUGAUGAGCCACUUGCACAUGUAAUGUUAUGUAACUCUUUAUGCAUGAUACUGAUGAAGUUAAGGAGUUCUGAAAUUCCACUGACAUGUGGUGGUUAUGUGCCCUAGUUGUUUACAGUUCUCUGUUUGAAUGGUUGUGUGGUUCAAGUUGAUAAAGAACCGUAAGAAGGGAGAGCAGGGUUCUUGGAGCUGUGCAUUGACAUUCUGCACCUUGACAGCAGACCGAACAGUUGUACAGCUCACCAGGUCAGUCAUCUCCAAUUGGUCCUGAGAAGGACGUAAAAAUAAUACAUUUAACCAGUGCUUUUUUCUGGGGGGACGUGCAGGGGGACGCAUACCCCUAAACAUUUUGUGAAUCUAAGUUUGACCUCAUUGAGGAGCAGUAUUUCAAUAUGAGUAGGAAAACGAGAGUACCCUUAAACAUUUUUUAAAGAAAAAAGCACUGCAUUUAACCAAGAUCAGUUUUCCAUAGGUUACCAUGCAUUUAAGGUGGUGCAAAAUGGUUUUCCCUUUUUACAUGCAAAUUCAAUAAAAGGAUAUUGUAGUUUUCCAAAUUUGUUUCAUUAAUUUCAUUUUAUUAAUGCUCUCAUCUUGUACAUUAACAAUAUAAAUUAUGAACACAAAUAAACUGGGCUGCCAUCUAUGGGACAUAUGUCUCAAGAAAGGCUCACUUUAGUGUGUGUGUCUUUUUCAUUUUUGCAGUCACACCAAAACUUUGUCAACUCAGAUAGGGACAUGGAGUGAAAAUUGUUAAUCAAUUUUUGUAUGUAUGGAAGGCGAAUAUCUCUUCUUCCAGCACUGAAGCACCACACCAAGACUUCACCCUAAAAAGGGCUUACAACUGAGUUGUUCUCUGGAUCCAGCACAACUGCAGUAUGCUAACAUACUAACAGUAAUGUCUUUGCUGCUUUGAAUAGAAAUAUCUCAUUUAGUAGCAGGAUUUGCAAGUCAGAGGUAUGUGUGUGAGAGAGAGAUGCUUAAAACUGGAGGGAAAUGUUGAUGCCUCCAAAAGGUUAGCACUCUAAAGCAUGGGUAGGCAAACUAAGGCCCAGGGGCCGCAUCCGGCCCAGUCGCCUUCUAAAUCCGGCCCACGGACAGUCCUGGAAUCAGCAUGUUUUUACAUGAGUAGAAUGUGUCCUUUUAUUUAAAAUGCAUCUCUCGGUUAUUUGUGGGGCAUAGGAAUUCAGUCCCCCCCCCCAAAAAAAAAUAUAGUCCAGCCCACCCCCACAAGAUCUGAGGGACAGUGGACUGGCCCCCUGCUGAAAGUUUGCUGACCCCUGCUCUAAAGGCAAGCAGCAUUGGGUUGUUUUGCCUCUAGUGUGCAGUUUCUGAGUGUCUGUGAUGUCACCCCAAAUAGUUCCUAAAUUGAUGCUAUUCUUCAAUUGAGAAGCUGCUUUUUGUUAUAAUUGUUCUCUUAUCUUCUAAAGAACAAAACAUCUUUUCCUUUCCAAUGCUAAUGAGCUACUCUCUACAUCAAAUGCUCUUUUGUUGACAUGGAAAUAAGACUUAUCUGAUGACUGGGAAGCCAAACAUACAGUGCAAACUCUACACUUGUGUGAGCCCCACGGCUUACUUGAUUUCAUCAUAUAUGCAAGUAGAAAGCAGCCUGUAAGCAAACAGCUAAAGAAACCCCAGGGAGGUAGUGAUGUAGGUGGGUUCUUACAGAAAGUUAAGAUCCCUUUUAACUAGGAACUUUUUAUAAUGGCAGAUGAAAGAUGGCUUAUUAAGGCAGCGAAACAAGCUUUCAACUGCAACUGAUACUCAAGGUCUCAAUGAGCAGCUGUGUUUGAGCACAGUUGUAAUCCUGUUGAUUUAUCUCCGGUGACCCCAUAAACAUGGCUAAUUAGAAUUGGUGGUAAGAGACUGUAACAGUGGCGGUUUGUUUUCUUUAUUGGUCUCUUUAAUAUGUUGCUUGCAGAGAAAUAAAUUGGGGGGAAUUGUAGCUGAUAACCUUAAGAGGCACUGCUCUGGGAAUGUUUUCACAUACAUAUGCAAGCCUGUAGCCAGCUGUGUUUGGUUUGUGGGGUGGGGAGAUAGAUGGCAAGUCAAUGUGAAAAAGCUUAUUAUCAGGCUUCCUAAACUUGGCCUUCCAGAUGUUUGGAGACUACAAUUCCCAUCAUCCCUGACCACUGGUCCUGCUACCUAGGGAUAAUGGGAGUUGUAGGCCAAAAACAUCUGGAGGGCCGAGUUUGAGGAAGCCUGGCUUAUAUAGGUAGGUAGGUAGGCAUCUAUCUGUCCUCUGUCUGUCCUGAGAGACAAUGGAGGAGUGUGCCUUUGUGAGGUCAAACCGUUGGAAGAUUACAGCGUCUUCUGAAGCUGUAGAGACCGAUAUGGGAGAGACAUGUUUCUUUGCAGCUGGGGCUGAUGAAGGCAUUCAGUUGUGCAGAUGCAGAUGUACCAUGGCAUUUCUUCUCUCUGCGCUCCUCCCAGUGGUCAUUCCUCCUCUGGUCACUGUUGUGGAUACGCAACCUGACUGAUCAUCUCCAGGCACUGUGGUCAUCUUCAAGGGCUUCCUGCAUGGCAGGGUUGACGUUGCCAGCCCUCAUGUCACAUUUGCAGACAUCUUUGUAACGCAGAGUUGGUCUGCCAAAGGGUCUGGUGCCUGAAGCCAUCUCCCUGUAGAGCACGUCCUUGUGGAUUCGGCCAUCUUCAAUUCUGAUACACACACACAUGCAUGAAUUCCUCUCAAUGGGAAAAAUGUCAGGGGACAGCUCAAAAUAGAGCUUCGUUACAAGAAAUCAUUUCAUUAAAACAUUGCAACAAUAAAUGGUACUGUAAAUUAGUAACUUAAAGGAGUUUAUUGGAGGAUAGCCUUAUCCUCCAUGAAACCAUCAGUGGCUACUCAUCAUGAUGGUCAUGUUCUGCCUCCAAAGUUUGAAGUAGCAAUGCUUCAGAAUACAGUGGUACCUCGGUUUAAGAACAGUCUGGUUUAAGAACAAUUUGGUUUACAAACUCCGCAAAACCGGAAAUAGUGUCCCGGUUUGAGAACUGUACCUCGGUCUAAGAACGGAAUUCAAACUGUGGAAGGGCACCGGCUGUGGGAGGUCUCAUUAGGGAAAAUGCGCCUCGCUUUAAGAAAAGUUUCGGUUUAAGAACGGACUUCCGGAACGGAUUAAGUUCGUAAACUGAGAUACCACUGUACCAGUUCUGCAGGAGGAGAGAACUCUCCUGUGCUCAAGUUUUGCUUGUGGGUUUCCCACAGGUAUCCAGCUGGCCAUUGCGAGGGCAGGAUGCUGGACUAGAUGGGCAAUUGGCCUGAUCCAGUAGGUUCUCUUUAUUUUCUUGAAUAAGACUUGCAUACAAUCCAGUGACAUCCAGGAACAACAAAGAUGGGUCAGGUGCACUGGGUGGACAGCAGUGGUGAAGGAACCCUCUCCGGCUCCCGGGGCGGUGCAGCCUGUAUGCACUGCGCAUGUUUGGCAUCCCUUACGGUUGCCGUGCGAGAGGCACUCAUACUGACUGUGGGCGUCCUUGGUCGCUCUACAGCUGGGGGGAGGCAGGCGCCAUCUUGUCACCCCUCCCAGAGUGGCACCUGGGGGCGGAUCGCCCCCUCACCCCCCCCCACAUCACUGGUGGACAGGGAGCUAAAACAUGCUCUUGCUCCCCAGUAUGGGCCCACACAUGGGGCAAAUGGGAGACAUCUGUAUUUAAUCUGGUCCAGUCUUCGAUUCUACUCUGAACUGGUACCUUACUCUACUCUGCUGCUACCUUAGUUUUGUAUCCUAGCCAGGACAGAAGCUGUGCACAUGUCAUUUAACUCAGAUGAGCAUGAAUAUUGGACCUCAGUUUAUAGACUUCUGGAUUUUGGAGAGCUUAAAAUAAUCUUUCCUGAAACAAUGCAGAGACUGGAAAACAGAAUUCCUUAUCAAAUUGGCUCCAGAGAAAGUAAAUUGCAGCCCAUUAAAUUUUUUUGAACUUGGAUAUCAAGUUACAAGCAGAAGAUCAACUUAACAGACGUCUUCUAAGAAGAUGCUUGUCAUACAGCACAAUCUGUCCUAAAUGUGUUUACCGCAAAGUAAGGCCCUCAGAUUUCUGUGGGAUUUACUUUCAUUGCCGCCUUAGACAAACAAACACAUUCACAGCUGGCCCUCUUCAUUUUUACUCCAGAAUAGAUUAAUUUGAACAUCCAAAUGAAACUUUCACAACACAAGAUGUUGUGGUGUGGCGCACUGAGUUGCCGUUGGAAGGGUGUGUUAUAAUACUUUUGUUACUGUUUGGCAGGAUGACUGUAGUAAGCCAAGCUUCCUUUGGACAACCUAUAUUUGAAGUAGCUUGAUCAUCUGUAUCUCAGUGCCAAGAGUUAAGAAUGAUUUUAUUGCUCUGCCAAGUGCAGAUAUGUGAUAAAAUGUGUGGUAGAAAAUGCAGUAAAAUGAUAGCCUGUGUAUACAAUUAAUUUCUAGUUCUUGUGGUUCUGAAGAAUUAAGACCAUGGGUACAGUCCACAUCUCAUUUGUAACUUUUGGCAUAGCUCACUGUUUGUUUGAAUAGAACUAAUACCAUCCCAUGCUUUGUAUAAAACCCAUAGUCAACACAGUAAGUUGAAAGCAAAUAUAGAAUUCGUUCUAUAUUUCUGAAGAAGUGUGUAUGCGUACGAAAGCUCAUAUGAAUAACAAACUUAGUUGGUCUCUAAGGUGCUACUGGAAGGAAUUUUUGUUUAUUUUGUUUCGACUACGGCAGACCAACACGGCUACCUACCUGUAAAUAGAAUUCGUUAUUGCAUCGUUUCCAGGCCUACCUCAUGUGUAUCUCAGGAGUUUCUUAUUUCGAGUUAAGAAAUCCAUAGAAAGGGCUUCAGUUACUUUUGUGUGUUUAUUUUCAAUAUGUGUUGACAUUUUGACAAUACAAACUGAAUGUGUGCCAAAACUGUGAUUUCUAUUUCACUUGGGGAAGAGCUUGAUCAUCAGACACAUUUAAAGGCCCUCUUGGAUAUAUUCAACUUAAAUGGCCCCUUCCCCAAAGUGAGAGAGACUACUUCUGUGAUGGUUUCCCUUUAUUAUUACAACACAGUACAGUCCUGUAUUUUUCUGAUGUGUGCCUUUGAUAUGUAUGCGUUCAUUUACUUGAGUAGUUUCACACCUCCUUACAUCUGGUUUUUAAAGAGAUAUAAAUGAGAGACAUGCAGUCUUCAGUAUUUUUUUUCUAUUUGGCCAUGGCAUCCUCAUAUAAUCAUCUCUCUAAAAGGUGAGCAUGAAUUGUAAACAAUCAUAUAAAGUGGUUGUGUAAACUGGUUCUAAUUCUGCCUUUGAAUACGAUAAGAUGAACAUGAUCAUGAUGUAUGUGAAUUAUAACAAUGGCAGAUAAAUAAACAGAUGCUCUACGGUUCCUAAGCUUUCAACUUGUGUGUGUAGUGUGUUGCAUUAUUCAUGCCACUUGAUCCAAAAAGCAAAUAAAAUGUUGAUUUUGUUCUAAAUCAGACAAAACCUUUGUACUCAUUGCUGUACUUCUCCUUUGCAGAGAUCAGAAUGCUAUGGACCCAGCUAUGGAGUAUGUAAAGGUAUGAAACAUUACUUACUUCCAAGUCCCUGUAAAAAAAAAAAAAAAGGCUAAAAUUCAUUAUCUUAUUAGUAAAUGCCAAUAAUUGCAAGUGUAUCUCUUCUCUGGUUCAUUGUUCCACAGUAUUAUGGUGAUUUGAUUCCUAAAGAAAAAAGGGGUGGCUAAUUAGAGUGCUUGUAUCAAACAAGUAGAAAGUAGGUAAGGUCACUUUGUGACCUUGGUAAUUAAUCAGCACUGUCACUAAGGGCUUUUUCAUUUUCUUUUGAUUAUAUUCCAGUAUUCAUGGUCUUGCAUCUGCAAUUUGAUCCCUGGUGCCACAAACUGCAUUGGGAACAGGGCACUUGGAGUAGAGUCGAAUACUGACCUAUGUAGGAAAAGGGAACAUUUUAUUUUUAUGUUUAUACUUUUUAAAAAUACAUUUUGUUUAUAUGUUUAUAUAAACAAGCUUUAUAUGCCAUUUGAUGGCUUUACAAAAAUUUAAAAUAAAACAUUAAAAUUAUUGAUAAAAACAGUUUAUUUGAAAGCAGUCAAAAGAUGAUUAAAAACAACAGUAGCUAAAAACACACAUAAGCUUCUACAUGUCUGGGAUGGCUUGCUUGAAACAAAACAUUUUAAGCAGGCACCAAAAAGAAUACAGGAAGGACACCUGCCUGAUGUCAGUAGGCAAGGGGUUCCAAAGUUGCAGAUGCUGCCACACUAAAAGAUUGACUUACAGGUGUGGAACAGGUGUUAUGAGGCAUCUGUAAUAGUGCCAGUUCCACAGAUAGAUAGCACUGGGGAUUGAAUAGUUCCCCAGCCACACCACAUAACAUUUCGACCGGGGGUCAAAAAGCACUCUCCUGUUAACGCUUUCUGGACUUGGUCCUGUAGACAGGACUGGAGCCACUGUAACACAGCGCUCUAAUUCCCUUCCUGCAGAGCCAGUCCAGGAAGAUACCAUGGUCAAUGGCAGCAGUUUUCAACCAGUGAGCCGUAUCACCCUGGGGUGCCUUGAAUGACGGUCAGGGGUGCCACAGGCAACACUGACCUGUCCCUCUUUCCUUCUCCGAUGCCCUAUUGCAUCUCUGCCUCCCAAAGGCGUGCACAGCUGUUCGUUGCAGCAGCCCUGGCUACAAGCUCCCCAGGCAAAUGAAGCCUCUGGUGCUAGCCAGGGAGGAGGCACCUCUCUUUGGGGUGGGGGCAGCUCAGAGACUGGGUUGGUAGCCGCCCGGAGGACUCCCAAGGAGAGAGGAGAGGAGGCUAAGGGAACACUCCGCAAGGGAGGGUGUUAAAAAAGGGGUGAGGGGCUGCUGGCUCUACAGGCAAGGGCUUCUGGGGCUCAGAGCAUGUUUCCGCACAGAAAGAAUGUAGUUGGUCAAGGGAGCCAUGGACUCAAAAAGGUUGAAAACCUCUAGUCAAUGAUAUUGAAAGCUGCAGAAAGAUUGAGAAGCAGGAGCAAGAUUGCACUCAUUCCCCUUGGCCCUACUCUCUGUAAAGGUCAUCCAUCAGAGUGACCAUGGCCAGAACUGAACUCAUAUUGAAAUUGAUAUAAAUACUGAUUUAAUUCUGCUGAACAUUAAUAGUGUAUAGUUUUGAUAUUUUAUAGGGUUUCAAAUUGCUUGCCUGUUUUAAGCCACUGUGGGAUAUAUUUUAUUUCUAUAAAUAAAAUUCUAGAAGGUGCAAUUCUAGAAGGGAGUCAUUUUUCGUAUGUUGUGAGGCCAUCAUGUAAAAGGCCUUUAAAAAAUGUCCUAGGCCUUACAGGCUGAUAAGUUACUGCAUCACACUUGGAACCUGCUGCAACAACAUUAUUACCGUAUUUUUCGUCCCAUAGGAUGCACCUAAUUUUUUUUUGGGGGGGGGAAAUAAAGGAAAAAUUUUUUCCUUUAUUUCCCCCCCAAAACCAGGUCGGGGAACAGCGGGAUGGCGGCGCCGCGCCUCCCUGCUGUGCCACGAGCUUGUGGGGCUGGCCGAUGUCUGCCCGGCGCGCGGGGCGCUCUGCUUCAGGGCACCCCGCACACCAGGCGGCAGGCUGCUAUCCGCAGCGUGGGGAGCCCCACGGGAACUCCCGCAGGGCUCCCCACGCUGCAGAUGUCUGCCUGGCGCGGGGCGCUCUGCUUCAGGGCACCCCGCGCGCCGGGCAGCAGGCUGCUAUCCGCAGGUGGGGAGCCCUUCGGGAACUCCCGCAGGGCUCCCCACGCUGCGGAUGUUUGCCCAGCGCGCGGGGUGCCCUGAAGCAGAGUGCCCCGCGCGGCAGGCUGCUAUCUGCAGCCUAGGGAGCCCCGCGGAAACUCCCGCGGGCUCCCCAGGCUUGAUGAUAGCUUCCUGAAGCCUGGAGAGCGAGAGGGGUCGGUGCGCACCGACCCCUCUCGCUCUCCAAGCUUCAGCGAAAGCCUGUAUUCGCCCCAUAGGACGCACACAGAUUUCCCCUUCAUUUUUGGAGGGGAAAAAGUGCGUCCUAUAGGGCGAAAAAUACGGUAAAUGUUUCUCCAAUUGAAACAUCUGGCAUGGGGUAUGUGUUUAAACGACUGCAGAUAGCUGCUUUUUUCCACUCAUAGCAAACAUCUCCAUUAUGUGCUAGUUUUCUAACUGCAGGGAGAGUUUGCAUAUUUUAAUAUAAUGGAAAGUGGAGCGUGAAGCACUCUGUCAUUCUCGUGAUUUGUGUAUUUGAGAUACAGAGCAUCAACUUACUUCAACUCUGAAUUAGUUUUGCAUACACUCAGUCAUAGGCUUGUGUGCGCGCGCGCUCUCUCAUAUAUAUAUAUAUAUAUAUAUAUAUAUAUAUAUAUAUAUAUGUGGUAGUCAUUAACAGAGUUCUGAAAGCAGACAAACAUUGGCUUAGGGAAUGUUGCUGAAACAUGGGAUGGAGAAAAUUAUUUCAGUCAGUAUUUUAAAUUAUUCAGUUCCACUUUUAUAUGUACAUAGCUAUUAAGCCAGAGCACAAACUUCUUCAGAUUUUGCAAUGCACUUUCGAUUACCCCCCAAAAAAGUGUGAGAAUGAAUAUUCUCCAGGAAAAAAGAUUAAAAACCAUGCAUUUUAGGGGAAUGUUCACCAUUUACAUAUAAAUUUCAUAGUAUUGUGUGUGUGUGUGUAAUUCAAAGAUAGAUAGAUAGAUAGAUAGCCCAAUAAUGAUAAAAAGGUUCCAUAUGUUAUUUGAACUCCCUUUCUGAAUUAGUGUUGACAGUCAGACAAUAGCACGGUCAGAUCCUGAGGGUGCUCAGGUGUUUUUUUAAAGUAACCAACUUUUAUUCUCCCUUCGUUUUGUGUUAAAGUUGCACAAGAAGUGCAGUUGCAACUGAUGCACAAAGUCUGCUUGUUUUCCAUGAGCUCAGAGUUAAAUCGCAUUCUGGGCUGUCUGUUGGUUAUCUCACCUCUUCCUUUCCGGUAAUCUUUUUAUAGAAAUAAACAACUUCGAUAAGAAGCUAGUCAUAAAAAUAGGCCUUCAGCUGUAGCUCUGUGUACUUACUUGGGAGUAAGCACCACUCAUUCCAAGUAAUCAUGAACAGAUCAGACUGUUAGACAACAGUCCUGCUUGGUUGCAGAAAAGUAUCACUGCAGCAAUUUGUGUCUCUUACACACGGCAGAUUACGUUCAUGGGUGUUGAAGGAUGUGGUUUGGACUGAUUCCAAAUACAUUAAGAUGGGAUGGGUUCCCUUCCAGCCCGCUGGUGUCCCAAAAAUGUUCUGUAGAGCUUCCCUCGGCAGGAACCAUAGCAUGGAUGAAUGAUGUCUUCAUGACACAUCAAGGGCGUGAGAGGAUGUGCACGGGCUUAUAGUCGCAUAUGUGCAAUCAAUGGAUUUCACAGACGUCUGGGUAAAUUAUUCAUUUGCUUAAAGCUAUAGGUCAGAGGGUCUCAGACUUUGACCCACCAGGCCAAACCCAAGUUUGGAAGUUAGCUAUUGAAGCCUUCUCAAGUGUAACUAAUGGGAUAUCUAUGCAAUAGUUCCUCCUAGUUUGACCCACUUUGGGACUAAUUCUCUGCAUGUGACAGGAAGAGUAAAAGCUCUUGCAGUGAUAAACCUUGGGACAGGCACUUGGCAAGCUUUGCAGCAUCUGCUAUGGUGUGGAUCCUAUAGCUGUAUCAUACGUGUGCAAAAAUUAGGAGUAGGUACAGUGCUGUCACUUGUAUCUCAACUUACUUUUUAAUUUAUUUAUUUUUAAAUUAAAAGCAAGGUUUCCCUGCUCUUAGAUCUGUUCAGAAGUUUGAAGGCAAUAGCUAGUGGAAUGGGGAGAACUUCCCUGAGUAGGAUUCCUAGUGUUUGUAGGGCCGGCCUAGAAAAGCGCUUUCCUCUUUCCCAUAACUAGCAGAGUGAGAAUAAAGAAUGCAAAGCAAAGGAAUAUUUGCAAAUUUCUACUGCAAGCUUAAGAACCCAACUUCGUCAUUUUCAAUGUUUUUUACUUAUAAAAAUAAAAUUUUUCAUUAGUUCAACUCUUGCAUUGGCCAGUCUCAGUCUUCUUUAUAUUUCAAAACAUAGGAAGAUGUCCUGUAGUACAGAUUCUCUAGGUCUCAGCUCAUUGCAACCCAGUCAGAUGAGUGGGGUAUAAACAAUAAUAUUCUGUGUCUCAGUUUUCUCUGACUAUGGUUCCUGUUUCCAUAAAUGAGGAAAUUCAGUAUUUUUUGUUAGUGGUGGAACAAUGGCAGAAGAGUCAAAACAACUAGUACCAAGCAACUUUUUCACCACCGAUCUGAUAUAGGAUCACAUAGUAGCAUUUAAUAGGAUUAAGCCGCUUUAGAAGCUAGUGUUGUCCUGCCAAAUGCCUAGGAAUCUUGCCACCACUACUGGCCCACUUCCAGGUUGCUUAUCGGCAGCAGAAAUAUGGGUAAGAUUCACUUCCACAUCUUGGCGGAACAAUGCAACGACUUGCUGGUCCGAUGUUACUACUAAGCAAAUGGUCAUGGCAUCUGCCUUCAGUGGAUAAAGUGUGAUCUUGCCAGACUUAUUUGAGUGAAGAUAAAAGUUUCUCCAGUUUUUAAGAAAAUAAUUACAGCCUGCAUGUGUCUAUGCAAUAAACAGUACUGAGCUAUGAUGGCCAUUUAAACUCUAUUUAUAGUCUCUAUUUAUAGUCUCAUUUUGAACAAUACCUUUCAUCAUCUGUGCUUUCCUCUAGUUUGACAAAUGCUUCUCUGUGUCUCCGAAGCAAAUUAUUAGUCUUGCUUUUUGGAUGUAAAUUAAGAGCUCUGCCUUGGAUACAGCAGUGGAGAGUGAAAGCAGAAGGAAUUAAUGUUGCUCAGGGACAUGUGGGGAGGGAUAUUUUUAGCCUACUCAUUUUUUUCCUGUUGUUGCAUAGAUUCUUGGGGAGGAGGCAUUCUUAAUGGUUCUUUAGGUCGUAUGUGUUAGCGUUAAUAGCUGAAUGCAAAUGAAUGCAUUUUAUAACCUCUAAAGUAUUGAUGCAUUAGGUCAUUCUGUGGAUUAAAAAAGGAGGCUGCUAAUUAUACAAAAACCAGUCUCGGGAACAAGCGAAUGUACUGAUCUGCUGGAGUCUCAGUACUGAGAAGUGGCCAUAUGACGGGGGCUUUUCCUUUGUUCUGUGAGCUCUGAUGAAACUGGUCACAGUUAAAUGGCUCUUUUAGAGUUGGGCUUUUAUUCCCCAAGUGAAAACAGGCCAAUCUUCUUUGGGAUGGCUGCUUGCAAGGAGCUGUGAAAGAAAUUCUGUAUUUCCUCAUGAAGGAGAAAUGCUUUUUAAUAAGGCAGAAUAAUAGCAAUAGUCAGAUGCACCUUAGAGGUUUUGUUUUUUAUAAUAUGGAAAGACAAACUGGCUUCUAGAGGAUUUCCUCACCCGUCUGCCUUUGCCUGAGACUGCACAUGAGCAGCUUAAAUGCCUUCUCUCUGUGGGGGAGAGUAGCUAAGACAGUGCCAGCUGUGAGUGCAGAAGAGAACAGUACUGGAGCAUUUGCAAUAAAAUUUGCAGAAGCGCUCUGGCAUGGCCUCCCUCCUCGCCCACUGUCAGCACUGAAAAUCUGUUUUGCAUAGAAGAAGGUUUGUUUCUGCUGUGCAUGGAUCUGGAGAAAGGAAGGUGGAAGAAUGAAUCCCAUCACUGCCUUAAAAGGAAAUAUUGCUGUUGAAUACUGAUGUUGGGCGCAAGCUUUGAAGAAUAGUUCUUUAUAGAUGACUUGGCGGAGGAUUGUCUGAUGGGAUAGAACUGCAGAAUUUAUUACAGUUUCCCCAGUGAUUACAGUCAGAAGGCAUGUUCUUAGUUUUCCCACUGGCAUCGCUGAGAGCACCUGUAGGGAUGUAACUCUUCGAAUUGCCAGUUGUUGUGGAAUCACAAGCAGGAGAAUGCUAUUGCCCUUGUUUCCUGUGUGCAGGAUUCCCAGAAGCACCUGGUUAACCACUCUGGGAAACAGAAGAUCCUGGACUAGAUAGGCCUUUGGUUUUGUCUAGCAUCUGCUCCCAGUAAAGUGAUCAUAACAGGUUUCUUUUUCUGAAAUCUAAAGAUCUCUAGUGCACAUGCAAGGAACAUUUUAAAAAGUCACUCCCACAAAAUGUUCCCCCAACAGCAAAACAGGGACAAUGAUACUACCAAGGAAAGACUUAAGUGAGGACUGCAAAUUUACUGUCCACAGCUUGGAAAAGUUGUGUUAAGCCCUUGCAACAUGAUACAGUUCUGCAUUCACUUUCAACUGUAUGCAGAGAGGAACCAAUCAUGAAGUUCAUAUGGUCCCUUGUGAUAAUACCCAAGACACCCACUGGUAGAAUUCUGUAUCUUGUUGAAGAAGAACCACAUGCUAGUCUUGCCCUCUUCCUCAGAUGGAACUUUCCGUUCUAAGCUUUUCUUUCACACAUUGAUUCUGGACAGAGAUAGCUGGGCCCCUGUGAUUUCGGUAUUGGUGCUCUCAAGACUGGAUUAUGCAGUUGCUCUGUGUGGGACUUCUCUGCAGUUUAACUUGGAAGCUGCAGCUGGUUCAGAAUGCAGCAAGCUAGGUUGUGUUGACUGUGGUGCUCCAUUGACACCAUAUUUACUCAUUCCUCUGCUAAAGGAGCUGCACUGGCUGCAAACAUGCUACAGGGAGCAGUUCAAGUUUCUGCUUUUAGCAUUUGAAACCCUAAACAACUUGGGACCAUGAUAUGUAAGGGGCCACCUUGCCUACUCUGUCUCUGGCCAGCGACUGCACUCCUCAUAUGGACCGCUGCUGAGAGUACCGUAUUCUCCAUAGGUGCACUUGGCCUAUACUAGAAACUGAGCUUUUAGGUUUGCAGGUCCAGCUCUCUGGAAUCGGUUACCAGCUGUAAUCAGACAGUAAUGUUUAGGUGCCUGCUGAAGUCAAACCCAUUCAUUAUGGAAGAUCAGUUUAAUAUCUGAUGAAAUUGUUCAGCUGGGCAGCAUUCACCUAAGGAGCCCCACCAUGGAGGCCUUCUACAAGACCUUCUGCUUGAACAGGGGGCUUCCUUUCUCCACCCUGUGCCCCCAAACCCAAAAUGGCUUGGAGGGGGGAGUUCACAAGACAAAACAGCAUAUGUGUAUGUGUGGGGAUUGUUCAGUAUGUCACAUUCUGUUUAGCUGAAACGCUUGGGCAGAUGGAAUAAUCACAGUAGCGUGACAUUGUAUUCCACCCAUUGUGUUUUUGUUGUUGUUGUUGUUUUGAGUUUGUAUGGAAAGUUUUAUUGUUUCGAAGUUUGCGGAACUGAUGUUAUUGUUCUUAGAGCUUGUGUACUCUUGUUUUUACCGUGGACAUCACUUUGAUGGCUUUAUGCUGUGAAGCGGUCUCUAAAUUUGUAUAAGAAAAAUAAGAAUUGUCCCUGAUGCCCAUUGACCACCCACCCUCAGCCUCGUAACCCACCCACCCAGUUCCCGCCACUCAUUGUUGGUUCUGCCCUUGCAUUUCCUUUGGGAAACAUUGAUCCGCAUGGCUUUGCAGCCCAGGCUGGUGUUUUAUAGAGCCGACCUCCCCUGUAGGAAACAUUGGUACUCAUCUAGUGACAUUUAUUGGGUGGUAAAUCAAGAGAGAACUGAGAGCAAUUGCUUUUAUUACUUUUGCCAAAUUAAAGCUAAGCACAUUUUUGCAACUCAUUGGUUCUUUGGACAAAGAUUGCACUCGUGACCGGUUACCGGCACUAAUCUUCUUGCCAUUGUGGGUCACACACCCACAUGUCAGAUUAAUGUUUGUGCCAAAAAAGAUAAACUGAAACAGUUUCUCUGUUGGACACGGAAGGUUGGCUUUUUCUGAAGCUCAUCUCUUUGGCGUUACUAGAUUUUUAAAGAGGGUCAUAUGAAAUCUAUUAAGAAUGGUACUUCGUGUGAAUCACGAAUAGCUUUGAAAACUAAGUAGAGAACAUCUUGUUUACUGUUUCAAAUUAUUUGUAGUUUAUAUUUUGGUCUUCUAGAGUAAGUACUCAGAGCAGUUUGGGAAUUGUACCUCUGUAAAGGUUCUCACACCCUUUACAAACUUCAGUUCCCAUGAAUUUUUGGAGAAAGCCAUGACUGUUAAAGUGUUAUAAGAGUGCUUUGAAUGUGUGAUAUGGAUGUGACCUUAGAAAAUAAAGAAAUAACCAAUUACAUAAAUACAUGAACAUGACCAAGCACUGUUUUAUUUUUAAAACCAAAUAUAGGAGCAUCACAUUCUUGUAAUAAGGAUAGCCUAUCCAAAUUUCAUUUUAUCGAACUUUAGAGUAAUGCAUGCCUGUUCUGGAAUCUGCACAUCAUCCACAGUUGCACCAUUUAGAUUCCCUACACAUAUUUAAAGUGCAUGAAGGUAACCGAUGAUGGAAACUAGGAGGCAACAACUUUAAACAAGCAUGGGUAUAUAAAAUGAGAGUUGUCAUAGUGAUCCAUAGUUAAAACUAGAAGUCUACAAAUGUGUCCUCUUUUUUUGGUCUUCAGAAUAUGGCAACCCUACUUGGCUGGCAUGACAAUGCUUCUGCUUCUAUCUGCCCUUUCCUUGUGAUGCUGGUAGUCUUAAGCACUGCUAUGGUUGUCCAUCCCACUUGUCCAGGGUGCAAGCCUGGACAGUGUGUAUGAAGGUCCUGGGCUGCCCAGAUGACAAGACCCCCUCUCUGUCUUGGUGUGGUUCAAAGAAAAACAGAGCAAAAUGUUUGGCACCAGCUUGGCUGCAGAAGUUGCUAGGAGGCAGCAUACAAGGCACCAUCCAACUGCCUUAGGGACAUCACUCCAGGUUUGUGUAGGGUUUACUCCUUAGCCUUUUCUUCUCCCAAAGAUGUCCCACAAGGCAGUGGGUUCAGGUUUUUCCUCGGCCUUUACUCCCGAAGCCUUUCUCACAAAUAAGUAUAGCCACAAGGCAGUACAGGUUUAGAACCAGAAUUUUCCUUCUCCUAGAUGGGGCUACCUUCCCAAGUUGAUGAGCCCCAUCUGCCCCUCAGUCCCUCGUUAAUCUAAAAAGGGAUAUGUAUAUGCCCACAAACGUUCAAGUGUGUGUGUGUGUGUUUUAAUUUUCAGUUUAACUGCUCAGUCUUUUUUAAACUUCUGAAAAUGGCAGACCAAGGCAGUAAUUGACAGGUGACUUAUAUUGAAAUGGUUGAACAUAAAUCACUGUGGUUUAGCUGUUGCUAGAUCCACUUAUGCAAUGUUCCUUGUAAUACACUGCCCUCUAGUGUGAUAAGUAGAAUGAUGUUCCCCACACCACCACCGUUGAUACAAAAGAGAAAACAGUUAUCUGGUGUUAAAAUGUGAGAUACUCUGUUUGAACUUCACUUUGGACUUGGACAGAUUCUCUGGAAAAGGAUAAUUAUAAAAUAACUGCUUUAACAAUAAUUGUUAUCCAGCCCAUAAUGAUAAUACUAAUACUGAAAUGUUUAAAUAUUUCUUUGAUUGUCAUUGAAUCUUCCCGUUUCACUUUCUAUCUUCUCCUACCACACCCUUGAGAAACGCAACUCUUGGGCCUCAGUAAUUGAUUGCCCUUACUAGCUCACAGGGUUAUUUAAACUGCACAUCUGAUAUGGGUUAGAACUCCAAAAUUUAGUAUGUGUACGGUUCGUUGGUUCAACAUUAUAUUUAGUCAGUUCUCUCUCAAUACAGGUUGGUUGGUUGGUUUUUAAAUAGACACAGGUUCACAGAUCUGCAUAUCCUUCUGUUAGGGCAGAUGCCCAAGAAGUAGUGGAUAAGAAACCUAGGAAAGGAACAGGGAUAAGAACUGCACUCCUAAGUGGCAAAGGUAUUUCUAGGCACUUCGGAAAGCUAACAUUUGGGGCACCCUGGUUACUAAAAAGUUCUGAAAAUAGAAUGGGACAUUUUUGCACCUCACUCAAAACCAUUUUGCUGGAGAUUCAACCUUGGCAAGUUUCUCAGCUGCUGCUCAAAAGAAGGAAAAUAAAGGAGCUGCACUGCAGUGUUUCGUUUUUAAAACAAACUCUCCCAACAUAUUAUUGUUAUCCAUAGGGGGGUGCCAGAGUGUAAUUUCUUGCCAUGUGGAUACUAGAUUCAGACUCUUAACACAAAAGAGGUGCAUUGUGUUCCUCCAUGCAGCAGGGCCAUUUAGUUAGCAGUAGCAUGCAUAUAAUAAGCUUUGUCAAAACAUUUUUACAUGUAUUGUCCAGAUUAUAUGCACCCUAUUUCAUAGAAGAACAAUUGCUUCCUAGAGCAUGGGCAACACCCAUUUGUUUCUUGUCCUUUAAUAGAAAACAAUAGCUGUAGUUGCAGUUGCCUUCGGGGAGGACAAUAUUGCUUCUUGGGAAUGAAAACUUCCUUUGCGACCUUAUGACACAAAGAUAUAUAUAGCUUAGAAUUUAGGGAUUGUCCUUGUACCAUUUAUUCAUCUAGCUCAGUGGUGUUGCUUAUCGGAGGUGGAAAUGGUUCUGCAGCAGUUGUGGGGAACCUGCAGCCCAUGUGCCUAACCAUGCCUUCCAGGUUUCUGAAUUUGAUCCAUAUGGCCAUUUGGGGCAGAGACAAACCUGUGCUGCUGCCUUUUACUCUCAAAGAGCAUGAAGAGGCUAAUCUCCAUCUUAGCAGAGAUAAGGCUUUGCCUUCACCCAGGGUAUGACUCUGCUGGUGUCAUACAAUGUCAGGUAAGCGGCCCUGCCCACCUGUCAGAAUGGCCUGUGAAGGGUCAGCCAGUUCUAGAUUUGGCCUCCUGGCCCUGUUUCUGAAGGUAUUUCCCACAACGUACUACCAGAUCCUUUUAACUGGAGAUGCCAUUGAUUUAAUUUAGGACCUCCUACAUGCAAAAGAUGUUUCUUACAGCUGAGCUGUGGUCUCUAACUAAAAAUAUUUCUCUGGGCUGUCACUAUUUUGGAAAUGGCUGAGGCACAGAGAUGAAACUCAUGCUUUGCAUCUUCAAGGUUCCUAGUUAAAUCCUUGGCAUCUCCAUUUAAAUGAUCCAAUGAACAAGGGUGGGAGAUACAGUGGUGCCUCGCAAGACGAAAUUAAUCCGUUCCACGAGUGUCUUUGUCUAGCGGUUUUUUCGUCUUGCGAAGCAACCCUAUUAGCGGCUUAACGGAUUAGCGCUAUUAGCGGUUUAGCGGCUAUUAAAGGCUUAAAGGCUUAGCGGAUUAGCUGCUAAAAGGCUAUUAAAGGCUUAGCGGCUUAGAUAAAAGGGGGGAAAAGCGGAAAAAAAAAUCUCAAGACUCGCAAGACAUUUUCGUCUUGCGAAGCAAGCCCAUAGGGAAAUUCGUCCUGCGAAGCAACUCAAAAACGGAAAACCCUUUCGUCUAGCGGGUUUUCCGUCUUGCGAGGCAUUCGUCUUGCGGGGCACCACUGUACUGCUAGUCAGAGCAAACAGGAUUGAGCUAGAUAAAAUGAUGAUUUGACCCUGUGAAAGGCUGCAGAUAGACAUAAGUUGACCCAUUUGUGAUGCGAGUCCUUACAAAGUCAGAGGACACUGAUUGAGCAGUAUGUUACAGAGUGUGUAUUGUGUUGUGUUGUUCCACAAGGUGGGGAGAGUUGGGAGGGCAACCAGUGGAAAUUGGCAACCCCACAUGUCGCGAGCUGGAAGCGGCAUCCAUUUGCACCAGGAACCUUCUAUUUGGUAGCAGUGGGACAAAAGAAUAUUCAUGUACAAUGCACCAUGAACAGAAAAGCUUCUCAUACCACCAUUAUUGUAACUCGCUCUACGUGGGGCUGCCCUUGAGACUGACCCAGAAACUCCAGCGGGUGCAGAAUGCUGCAGCGAGACUCCUUACGGGGUCUUCGCUGCGAGAUCACAUUCACCCGGUGCUAUACUAGCUGCACUGGCUCCCGGUGGAGUACAGGAUCAGGUUUAAGGUGCUGGUUUUAACCUUUAAAGCCCUAUACGGCCUAGGACCCUUGUACCUACAGGACCGCCUCUCCUGGUAUGCCCCACAGAGAAACUUACGGUCUUCAAAUAAAAACAUCUUGAAGGUCCCAGGCCACAGAGAAGUUAGGCUGGCCUCAACUAGAGCCAGGGCUUUUUCGGCCGUGGCUCCGAUCUGGUGGAACACUCUGUCACAAGAGACCAGGGCCCUGCGGGACUUGACAUCUUUCCGCAGGGCCUGCAAGACAGAGCUGUUCCACCAGGCCUUUGGCCAGGGCACAGCCUGACUCCCUCCCUCGGCAAUCUUCGCGGAGCUCUGGCCCAAUGGUUGCCAGUGGCUUGAAUUAAUUAAUUUUAUAAUGAAUGAUUUUAGAGUGUUGUUUGUGCUGUACUUUUGUACUGUUUUAUUGUUGUUAGCCGCCCUGAGCCCGGCUUCGGCUGGGGAGGGCGGGAUAUAAAUAAAAUUAUUUAUUAUUAUUAUUAUUAUUAUUAUUAUUAUUAUUAUUAAGUCACUUAAAAACUGCUGUCUGUGUUGAGCUUCACUGUGGAAACCUUUGUUUUCUGCUGACCUAUAAGCAGUGGCAGCAGUUUUUUAGAGGAGUGGUGCAAGACUUCAGUGGUGGAGUCAUAUCAUUUAUGUAACGUGCAGAAAUGCCAUGUGAAUGCUACAAAAACAGGGCACAUGCAAAAGACUAUAUGUUAGUGCAUGCAUACAUGCAUGCAUGGAAUAGCACAUUGCUGCCUUCCAACCUGCCAAGAUGCAAUUUAGAUUUUGCUGAAGCAGAUCUCAGUGGAAGCAUGUUUUUAAAUUUGAAACCAGUGGGAUUUAGAGGUCCUUUGUGUUCAUCUUCUGACUUACUUUACAUGCCAGUCACUUGGCUUUGACUGUACAGUCAUACCUCGGGUUACAGCCGCUUCAGGUUGCGUUUUUUUGGGUUAAGGACCGCCGAAACCUGGAAGUACCGGAAUGGGUUACUUCCGGGUUUUGGCGGUCGUGCAUGCGCAGAAGCGCUAAAUCGUGCUUUGUUCAUGCGCAGAGGUGCUGAAUUGCAACCAGCGCGUGCGCAGACACGGGUUGCGAAAGCUGCGGGUUGCAAAUGUGCAUCCCGCAUGGAUCACGUUCGCAAGCCAAGCGUCCACUGUAUUUAAAAUAACAGUAGCUUGAUUUUUGCAGCCAUGUAAGUGCUGUUUUAAUUCUGAAUGGUCACGUUAAUAUGAGGUGUGUUGUUAGAAUAGUUUCUAGUGUUCACCCACUGUGAGCUCGAAUCUACGAACAGAUGCUUUCCUCUGACUGUUACAUCCGUAUUCUGGCAGAUUAUAAUUGAGUGCUGACUAGAGCUUUUCUGUUGGGUAGAUCUGAUGCUGUACUUUCAUGCAAUACACUUUCAGUUUAUUUUUAUGUGUAGAGACAACAAACCUCCUACACCAACUGCUUGCCAGACGAAUCUCAGUAACCAGCUAUAUCAUCACAAUUAGUAGGCUUAGGGAAUAUAUGACAACUGCUGCUUUGUUAUUUUGCUCAUGACCUUAAAAUUGACCUUUGAACCUCCCUGGCAGUUUGUUCCCAUCUGUGUAUAUUGUUCCCAUGGGAUAAAAAGCAAGAGACCUACUUUUAAAUCGAAUACAAAGUGACUUAUCCUAGGUUGGUUCUACAUUCACAUUAAAGGGACAGGAAAUGCAGAGAUACACUUUCAGUGUUGUGCGCCAAAUGCCCUCAGUGGAUUUCGUCUGAUGCAGAAGCCCAAUCCAUUUUGUGUGAAAUUGGAUCAAUAAAGUAGGCACUAAGUGGAAACAGUUGAGAUGUAGAAUGGUCAUGUGUUCAGCUUUGCAGAGGACAGUCCUAUUUGAAAGGUUGUCCUGGUCCAAGUCAGUUUUAAAGAUGAAAAACCAUAAAAAUGGGCCCGUAUUUGGAGAGCAAACUGAGUAGAAUAGAAUUGAUCGAUUUUAUUUGCGUUUGUCACAAUGACAAUUACAAAACAGAGGAAUAGUACAGAUACCAACCAUCACAAAUUAGUAGCAGAUUAGAACUCCAGCUAAGAGAGACACCAGAGAAACAGGGACAGAAAAUAGCACUCAUAAUAUAUGACACUAAUAAUUAUCAAUACAAACUGAGAUUAACAAGAACAUCAAGCAUACUAUUGUGAGUGGUCCUGUUUGCUGUUCACAGCAGAAGUCUUUAGGAAAUUAUAGUGAUUUUUUUUUGAGCUGCUAUUGAAAAAAAUAGCCACCUUGUUUGUAAUGGCUUUAUUGUGGCCUGCCAAAAGAUCACAAUUGGGAUGAGUGAGGGUCCAACCAGCUGUUGCUCUCAAAAGGUUUCCCAAAAAACAAGCUCUGAGAUCUCUAUAUAAGGUCAUAGUCUUUUCCACAAUGGUGAGAUGCAUUGUAUUUCUGUUUAAAUUAAAACAGUUAUUUUUAAUUUUGCAUCUGUCCAUAUAACUUAAGAGGUGUACAUUUAUGCAAAUCUGUGUCCUCUUUCUUUCUAUCUUUCUUUUACAAUGCAUAAGUGACCAUCCUAUUGAAUUAUUGUCAUUUUUAGCUGUUCUGAAAAACACUUUUUGUUUUGUAAGCUAUUGCAGGACUCUCUUGAGCUGAGCACUGAUGGAAUAUGAAUAUACCAAAAAAAGAUGUGUUUCUCCUAUACUUGCAAAGAAAUGUCCCUGCAAGCAUCAGCAAAACUUUUAUCACAUCACCAGUAGGCCUAUAAUCAAAAUCUGCUUUCCUGAGCAUCUGUUUGCUGACACAGCAGGUUUAGGGAUUAUAAUAAAUCAUUAUCCAACUAGAUCGUCUCAGUUUCGUUGCAGUGUUUCUUAUUUUGGAUUAGUUCAGGCUUCCUCAAACUCAGCCCUCCAGAUGUUUUGAGACUACAGUUCCCAUCAUCCCUGACCACUGGUCCUGCUAGCUAGGAUCAUGGGAGUUGUAGGCAAAAACAUCUGGAGGGCUGAGUUUGAGGAAGCCUGGAUUAGUUAAUCCAGCAUAGCUCUUCUACCCUGUCUGCACUUAGAAUUUCCAUCAGAUACAGUCAGAACAACAGGAAAAAAAUAUUCUUUACCGAAACUAUGGAACAAGGCUGUUAGGAAGAGAGCUGUUCCCAUAAUCCAGCCCCUGUCUGGCUGCUCUGUGAACACAUUAUGGACAAGUUAUGCAUCUGUUUGGCAAGGGAUUUCUGGUUCCAUCUAAAAUUAAACACCUAAAAUUAAACAUUUGGAUGUUUUCAAAACUAUAUAUGGCUGGUCAUGUACUUGAAACUAUUUAAAUGCUUGCCUCAUAAUAAACAUAUUGUGGUGGAGAAUUCCAGUAACUUUUUAUAAUGUCAAGUGGGAGGGGGAGAUGACUUCUUUCAUAUUGCCUGCAUUGUGGAACUUUCAUGUUCAAAAAAAUAUUUUCUGGCCUGUACUCUGUUUCAGAUGUUUGGUUAGAAAUCACAAGUUGGAAUGUUCCCACCACAUUUAAAAACAACCCUGUCACAUGUAUCUAAGCACAGAAAACUGGAAUUGAUACAGGAUGCUAUGCAAGAACUCUUUUAUUUACAGCAUGCUAACUUUCUACAGGCAAAGGUUUUUGACAUGGGAGUGUAUUCAAACAUGCAAAUCCUUGCUCCACUCUGAAAUGGUAAGAGUCCAGAAAGGACUGAACCACAUGUUGUUUUUUUAAUGCAUAGAUAGCUCCGUUACCUUUUAGGCUGCAGUCUUGUAGCCACUUAACCUGAGGGCGGGAUUUGCUUCUGAAUAGAAAUGUAUGAGGUUACGAUGUUAAUGUUUCUUAGUUAUAGUGGAGGAUUCCUAUCUACUACAGUGGUACCUCGGGUUAAGAACUUAUGGUAAUUCGUUCUGGAGGUCUGUUCUUAACCUGAAACUGUUCUUAGCCUGAAGACCACUUUAGCUAAUGGGGCCUCCCGCUGCUACCGUGCUGCUGCUGCCCAAUUUCUGUUCUCAUCCUGAAGCCAAGUUCUUAACCCGAGGUACUAUUUCUGGGUUAGCGGAGUCUGUAACCUGAAGCAUCUGUAACCUGAAGCGUCUGUAACCUGAGGUACCACUGUAGUUCUAUAUUAACUGCCUCAGCAUUGGGACAGGAUUUUAGAUGGUGUGAAAUUGCACCAAAAUGUCAUUUGACAUGACUUGGUAGGUGAGUUUUGCUUAGAGGUCUGACCAUUGUAUUGCAGAUUUGGAGUGGCUUUUCUUCCAGCUGAGAAUCCACCGUGUGCUUUUUAUAUGUACCGGUAUGUUGUUUGUUCUUUGAAGUAUAUGGCUUGGAUCACUAACUUGACACAUUUGGGACCCUUUACUCUGCAAGUUCCUUUCUACAGGCCUUCCACUUUCUGCUCACGGCGCAUUGUGGUCUGGAUUCUGCAAUGCAACCUAUAAUUAAAGGAAAGCAUUGAAAGGGAUAUGUUUUAAAAGUGCAUAGUGCCUUACAUAAUCCUUAUUUGUGUUGAGCUUUUUAUGUCCAGAACCAUAGGGUAUAGACUGACCUUUAUUUCUGGUCUGCCAGCGACAAAGUUUAGCUUAACUUGUCUUUUCAAAGGAACUUGCCCCCACCCACCCCAGAAGCUGAAAUCUCCUGUUUCAAUUGAAAUCAAUGGCAACAAUCCCGUGGUUUUUCAGUUGCCUCCUACCCAAAGGCUGCCUAGAGAGCUGUAGUAAGUGCUUCUUUCCAGAAAGCUGCAUAAUUGUGUGCACCAGAUCUUGCAAUUGACCGACUUAUCUUCUAAUUAAAUAGCGGAAGGCUGCGUUUGCUUCUAUGACGCUAGCAGCUGCUGUGAUGAUGCUACUGGCUGCGCUCUGUUGUUGCUGCAUGACAGGUUGUCAGCAGCUUCCUAUUUCAAGACAAACAGUCUCGACUUUUUUCCCUUGGUUACCUGUGCGCUAGGAUGUAACAGUGUAGAUGAUGAGUAACAGAGACAUGCAACCCCCUAGGCAACCAACUGUUCUCCCCCCACCCCUGAACCCUGCUUAUCAGUCGUGUACGUAGCAAUGUUACUGAUGCAAGCAUGGGCAUUGCUUUUUGUGUGUGUGUGGCUGCAGAGGUAUAACUGGACUUGGAAACCUUUCUGGGCCCAAUGACUCAAUAUAUUACGUGCUGAAGAACAAGGUGAUGAUUUUUUUGCUGGAUUGGGGAUUUGUGGUUUGUAAUCUGGGGGAUUCCCAAACAGAGAUUCGCUCCCUCCUCUCCCUCUCUUUGAGGGUUAGGAUUUCACUGGCAAGCUGAAUGAAGUCCCAUGAUGAUUCUGAUCCAUUGCUGGAAGCAAGCGGGAGAUGACCUUCUUAGAUGACAGGAUCAGCUUUCACUGAGGAAAUGGCCUGGGAUUAAAAUAUGAGGUUGGGGAGGGCGGGGGGAAGUGUAGAAGACCCAGCAAAGCAGGAGCUAAACUCAGUGGGAGCUCUUGAAAGUAGCUGGGAGGGACCAUUCCUCUUGUGUGCCAAGGGAGGUUGUUGGUCUACGGGACAAAAGAUCUGAAAAUGCCGAAAGAUUCCAAUGUUCUUCAAACGCUCAUAGCAUCUCUCUGCUGUUUUUAUCACCGCAAGGCCAUUAUUGGUGUCAAGGUAGGUGGUCUGUAAUGUUAAGGAAGUGUGUGUGACUGAUAUCACUAUUGUACUUACACGUAUAGUCUAUCUACAGAUCAAGAAAAGGUCACAUUUUUAUGUUGUUACACACUGUUGUCCAGGCAUAGUUGUGGUGUAGUGGAUAAAAUGUUGGAGUCUGCCACAGAGACCUGUGUUCAAAAUCCUGCUCAGCCGCAUAGCUCGCUGAGUGAUCUUAGCCGAGUCUCUCCCACCCUACCUCACAAGAUUUUGUUCAGAUAAAAUGUGGAAAAUCCCCAGGUAUGCCACUCUGAACUGCUUGUGGAUAGAAAUGGUAUAAGGACUACUAGUAGCUGAAAAGAUAAAUAAGAAAAAAUAGUCUUAUUUUCAGUCUGGGUAAUUUUUGCAUUCUUUUACCCACAAGUCCUUUCCAUGCCAUUUCCACAAUUAAUCUGCAAUUUUGUUUUAAAAUCUGCAUGAAGACUCAUGCGUAUAACAUUUAUAUGCAUCCUUUCUUUCCAGAUAUACUCUUCUAAACAUACUUCCUUUUAAAAGAUGCCUUUAAGAACAUAUUUUGAUAUGUGGUCUUGAUCUUUGAAACAUUUGGGAAGGGUGAAUAAAUAUUUUCUGAUCCAUGCUUUUUUCUUUGUGCUGCUUUUAUUGUAAUUAUUGGUAUGUUUUCAACCAAUUUUCUAUAUUUACAUAGUUUUAAUUCUAUUAAUGUUUAAUUGUAUUUUAAUGAUUUUUUGUUUUUAUCUGUAAUCCACCUUGAGUUCCAUCAGGGAAAAAGAUGAGGUCUGAAUAAAUAAAUAAAUAAAUAAAUAUGUAGUAUUAAUAAUAAUAACAAUAGUCUAGAUUAAAGAUGCAUGCAGAUCAGGUCAACUUUCAUUGAAAUUUACUAAGACUGAAUUAUUCAAUAAUCCCUGUUUUAAACUUUAGGCUGCCUGCUAACCUGAAGUUGUAAACAGACAGAAGGUUGCAUCAUAAAGAAAAUGUGAAGUCAGUAGUUGCAAAAAGGAUUUACAAAUUGGAUAUCAGAUUACAUAAAGCAUUCAAAACAUCUCUCCUUUUCUUUACGGGAAACUGAAAGUGAUAUGCUAUAUGACUAAAAAUAAUACACAGGCACUUAAUAUAGAAAUUGAUAACACAAUGUACUUUCUUUUAUCAGAUACCUUUUACUGAGUUUCAUGAAAAGGGUCUAGCAAAAUAUAUUUAUAUACAUUUUUUUUAAAGCGCUGUGUUACCAAAAUCUCAGAUCUUGUUAAGUAUGCAACUCUAAGGAUAAUUUUAUUAUUAAUAAUAAUCACUGUCAAAAGAUGACGCUCAUAAACAACAGUGACUCCAUCCCUCAGUUAGGAGGUCAGGAACAUGCCAUAGAUUCAUAUAUUCCCUUUGUGAAUUUUGCCCUCCUAUUGUGGUUUUAAUUGUUUGUGAUCUAUUCAUUAUGUGAUCGAUUCAUUAUGACCAGGGUUUACAUAACUAUCUUCAAAUCCUGGUUUCAAACUCUGGUUAUGAGGGAAAUCCUGGUUAUGAUUCAGCGUCGUUUAGUCUGGGUACAGACUUGCAUUGGGGGAUAUAGGAGCCAACUCCUAGGGAAUCAAGGGCCCUUUGCCCGUGCCCCAUAAAAUAUUUUGAGGGGGCCAGGCCUCCACAAAGUUGAUGGCCAUUGCCAUUCAAAUGGUGUGUGUACACUGCGUUUUGUGAUGUGGGGUGGGGUUUACCUGGGCCCCCUGACUGGGGAAUGGUGAUAGGGCAAGCAGGGUGGCAGGGAGUAUUUCAUGACCCAAUACAUUUUGCUGCCUGAGGCAAAAGGCAAGAUAGUGUCCCUCUUCUGUUCCAAGGUACAGAAGGUGACCAGAGUGGAAGCAGAAUUUUACUUCAACACUGGUAAUGGGGCAGAAUCUUAGACCACACCUCAGUGCAGCUGGCUAGUUUAGGGGGUGCAGGGCAAACCACCCAGCAUAUUAUUAUCUCACCACUGUUUGCUGCCCCUGCUAUCAGCUGCCCCCCCCCAAAUCAAUCAUAAUCAAUCCAAAUACAUAGCUAACUGAGGUUCUGCCCCCCCCCCAAAGGCCUGCCCUUCCCAACAAAAAUCCUGGCUAUGCCCAUGCAAGCCACUAUAUUUUGAUGUUGAGGAAAACAUGUUGAGUUUUUGCUGUGCAUGCAGCUGUUAAAGCCAGUAUGUCAACAUGUCUUGGAAGGCAUUUACUCACAAGGAGUCCCCUAUGCUUCUCUUUGUGGAGUAGACUGCAAUUCGCAGAAGAGCAACUUAGGAAUUUACUGCAGGGUGAUGUAAGAACAAAUGGAAAGAAAGCUGCUGGUUCAAACACGCCGCUUAAGAAGGGGUUUUAAGGUCAUGAUUAAGGUUGUAAAAGCCAUUAUUUUAGUCUGGCUGGUAUAAAAACUUCCAUGUGAAUUUUGAGGCUUAGUGUUCAUUAUCAAAGUAGAAUUAGAGCUACAGUUCUUGACUACGUUGUUUAUCUUGGCACAAUGGCCUAAUACCUAAAAGCAUGCAGCAUGUUGUCAUGGUAACAUUCCAUUGACCCAAUCCACAUGUCCUCUGGGGAAACAGGAUGGGGGGGGCAUUAUUUUUAUAUAGAAAUCCAUCUGGCCCUGUUCAGAAAUAAGAUUCUAUUUGAGAGGCUCCCAGCUCUUCAAAAUAGGCUGGUUAUGCACUGCAGAACUUUUGAGAUCUCUGCUGCUUCAUGUUCAGUAAAGUUCUAUUUUAAAGCAUUUGUAAGCAUAGAAAAAGAGGGCCAGAGAUGACAACUUAACUUUUGCUCUCGGGGGCUACUGUUAAUGAGGAUAUAAGUUGAAACGGAUAAUAGAAUCAUAGAGUUGGAAGGGACCCAAGGGUCAUCUAGUCCAACCCCCUGCAAUGCAGGAAUCUCAGCUAGAUCUGUGCUGACAAGAUUGUAAGGCAGGAUCUUAGCUCUGACCAGAGCCAGUACAUUAGUUUAAAUAGAAACACGCUAAGAAUAUAGUUGUGAAGCUUGAUGGAUGCUAUGGAGCUUAAAUAGGUUUGUAUAUUGUUAUUGGUUGUGAGCCCUAGAAGACCUGAUCCCUGCCCUACAGGCCUUUUCUGCCUUGGAAGUAUAAACUUUGAUGCUAAGGAAAUAAGAUUGCAAGGGAUAGCUUUUUAUUUUCUACAGGCCCAAUCAAUAUUGCUAGGCCCUAUUGCAUGGUAGCAGGAGAUUUUGAAAGCAUAUGGAAUAGCCAUGCACCUCAGAUGAGCGAUACCCAACAUGCCUUUCAGGUGUUGUGGCCUACAACUCUCAUCAGCCCACCCCUGUUCGCUAGUGGUCAGGGAUGUUUGGAGCUAUAAUCCCGUAACUCCUAGAACAGGGGUCUCCAACCUUUUAGACAAAAAGAGCCACUUGGACCCGUUUCCGAAGGAAAAAAAACUGGGAGCCGCAAGACUCUUCAUUAUAAAAAUAACUUUUUUGUCACUUUUUUAUUAUUUCUUUGUUUGACCCCUCAGAAUUACUCCUCCUCAUAGAAAUAAACGUUAAAUUAACAAGUUACCUUUUUGUGUGUGUGUGUGUGUGUUCUUCACUCCCCUUCAAAACAGUGACCAGCGUACAUGCCCCCUUUCAAUGCAGUGACCAGCGUACAUGCCCCUUACAAUGUAGUGGGCGGGCGGGCGGGCGGGAAGGUGACGUCGGGACGGUGCGUGACUAACGCACGCACCGCCCCCAUGCGACAUCAUAGCCAGUACAGCGCCCGCCACAGUGGGGAGUGUUGGGGCGCACAAUGCGCCUCCUCCCCUCGCUAGUAUCCGCCCCGGAGCCGCGGCAAAGGUGUAAAAGAGCCACAUGUGGCUCCGGAGCCGCGGGUUGCAGACCCCUGUCCUAGAAGGUGCCACAUUGGCUGCCCUCUGCCUUAGAUGAGCAUCAUGUUUGUACCGUGAGCUCCACCCCUUUACCCUCCCAAAGCUUUGUCUUUAAUCCUCUAAGGUCUUGCUCUUGAUCUCAUGAGCCUCUACCACAAAUUCUUUCCCCUCUCUCUUAGAAAUUGGCAGCACAACAGUCAGGGUGGAUUCCAAAUGAAUAUUCAUAAUUAUGUGACAUCAUUUUAUAUUCUUGUCUGUGCAGAGACAGUGCAGCAGUUAUGGUACAAAGGGGGAUGACCUGUAGUAAGCAGGUUGCUGUUUGUGUCUCUUGUGGGCAUAAGCUGUCAUUUGGACUACCCUUAUUUGGGGUUGGUUGGGGGUUUUUUUGCUGCUUAUUUAUGAAAACAUUUCUGUACCACCUCACACAUUAAUCAUGAGAUAGUGUACAUCAAUUGUAAAAUACAUAUCUAACACUAAAAUAACAGCAGCUAAAAAACCCUUGGAACUCAGGGAAGAGCUUAAAAGUAUGGUGACUUGCUAGAGUGAAGCAACAACAAAUGCUUGGGAGGACAGAGGUGUGUUUCGAAGGUGCAUAAACAUCAUCAUUGUGGGCAGUUGCUUAAGCUCUAAGGGGAGAUGUUUCCUCAACAAGGGAGACACCACAGAAAAGGCCCUUCUGCUUGGUUGAUGUCAAUCACACUUCCACAGACAGCAGUACAGGAAAGCCUUAUCAGCUGAUUGUAUCAAUCAUGGGAGGCAGUAAGGGAGAAGGUACUCUUUCAGAUAUUCUGGUCUCAGGUUGUUUAGGACUUUAUAGGACAAGACUGAAACCAUGUGUGUUAGUUUACUAACAGCCAAUACAACUGCUUUAAGAGCACGAUAAGAUGAGCACAAUAGGCUCAUGCUUCAGCUUCUGGAGCAGCUUUUAGGGCAGCCCCCACAACCUUAUAGUAUGCUCAGUUUCUUCUUGUAUUUUGCUAUUUAAAUUAUAAUAGGCUCCUUGGCCUACUUGCCUUGUGCAUUUUGCUACUUUUUACUGCAAGCCGUUCCUAACUGUGCAUCUGUAGGAUCUGCAGUUUAGGAAGAUUCAGAGUAUUCUAAAUAUGCUGCAUUCUGUCUCAUCAUAAAUGUGAAAUCUGCUCACGGAGGUCUUUCCUGUCAUAAGUGAGAAGCCCUUGACUGGCAGCUCCUGGGGUUAAUUUCAGUGUAUCCUGGCAGGGCUCUAUGCAUAGCAGCAGGAAAGGCUGAUAGCCUACUAGGAAGGCAGAGGACAUCAAAAUGUUGCACAAACAGCUUACUCAAAAUCUCAUCAGGGUUUCAGGUUUCCUUUUUUUUUUUUAAUUAUAGAGAGCAGGAAGCCACACUAAUUUUUUAGGUACGCUAGAUGUAAAUAAUACUUUACGAAAGAGAUGGAGAAGAUUGCUAAUGCAUUCCCCUAAUGAGGAGAGAGAGACUAGAGAUUAUGUACAAAAAAAUUGAAGUCACUGUCUUGUUUUCUUUUAUUUCACCAGGGGCUUUGUUGUUGUUGUUGUGAGAAAAAACAAACCCAAAAUAAAAUGAGAUUAUUUUCAGUGAAGGGUUCCUCCAGAUGACCCGUUUAUUCCUAAUUUGCUUGCACAAAGCUUACACAAUGGUUGUACAAUGGCUGGUCUUUAUUGAGCAUUUGUUCUGUUUUGUUUACAGAGUGGUCAUACAUCAGUGGCAGUUCAUUCUGCAUUUGUCCUGAUUUGCUUACAGGGCAUUUACACAGGUUCUGAUUACUCAUCCACCCACCCCACAGUGCAUUUCCUUGUCACUUUCAUAACACUUUCACCACCACCAUCAUUUAUACCCUGCACAUCUGGCUGGGUUGCUUGUUUUGUUGUUGUUGUUUUUUUAAGUGGAUUUGUUGGGGUAGGCCACUGGAGUGCUUUAAUGCACUUAAAUUGUGCAACCCUUUGUUCAUGUUUUGGUAUCUGUGUGAAUCCCUCCUGAAAAAUAAUGGCAAUCUGGAGACUUUCUAAAUCUGGGAGGCGCAAUUCAUAAUUUGGGGGUGGGGUGAAGAAACUUGUUGUGAGAUUGGAGUAUUUGUUAUGUGAUUGGAGUGUUAUGAGAUUGGAGUGUUUUAUUUAAAAAGCGAGAGGUGCCUGGGUUUAAGCUGCCUUGGGGGCUACAGCCUCUGGCAUGGGAACCUGCCAUACUUUACACAUGUAUAGGAGCACUUUCCCAUCAUUUCAGAUGUUCCAAGGCUGAGCUCUGACAUUUAGAGCAGGUUCAGUUGCUGGUUCAAGGCUGAUUCAAUUGCUUACCUGGCUGCUUCCUUUCUUGAGGGUAAAACUUGUACACGCAAUGUAAUGUGAAUGCAUGUAAUGUACAGUAAUGUGUAAUAUGGGCAUGAUUUACACAAGGCUGAAAAGGGAGGGGAGAGAGGAAAAGAAGGGAACUGUUGAGAAUUGUACCUUCAGCUUUAUUGUCUCUGCACCACAGAUUAUAAUGUGAAUGUUGGAGAGGAAACAACAUUAUCAGCUCGAUGUGAUGUGAACUUUCAGCUUUACUCAACCUCUGCUGUUUUUUACAGCUGCCACUUUCCUCUCAGUGCUUCUCCACCCCUGCUUUACUCAAACUUCUGCCUUGUUCAAAACAGCCACUUUUCUCCCUUUCAGUGUCUUUCCCUUCUCACUUUACCCAAGCUUCUCCUUCUUCCGUUCCUUAGCUGCCUUAUGUGUGAGAGAAGGAUGCAAAGCACUCAAAUAUUCCAUAGCACUUAUCCACCAUUUUCCUCUGUCCUUUUUUUUUUACUGAUAAUUUUUAUUUGGUUUUACAAGUAUGAAAUUAUAACAAUACAAAAUGCAUAUCCAUAUUUAGAGAUUCAUCCAAAUCUCUGGAUUUCCCACGUUCCCCUCCAUGGGUCCUAUUGUCAACCCUUUCAACUGCAUAUUAUUCAGUAAUCCAUAUUUUAUGUCACUCCAUUUUGUCCAUAAUAUUUGCAACAACAAAUGUUGUUGUAAUCCUGCUAAUGUUUUCAUCUGCUUACAGUGGUCUUCCAGAUAAUUUUUCCCAUUCUUUAUAAAAGUUUUGGUAUUUUUGGUUCCUGAGCUUUCCAGUCAGUUUUGCCAUUUCGGCAUAGUAUGAUAAUAAUAAUAAUAAUAAUAAUAAUAAUAAUAAUUAUAAUAAUAAAAAAAAAUAAAAUAAAAUUUACUUAUACACCACCCAUCUGGCCAGGCCUCCCCAGUUUGCCAUUCUUCUCUGGUAGGGACUUUGUUUUCUUUCCAUCUCUGGGCUAGUAACAUCCGUGUGGCCGUUGUCUCCAUUUUCCUCUCAGUUCUUUCCAUCUCUGCUUUACUCAAACAUUCUUACUAUGUAGAGAGAAAUACUAAUCCUUUUUUACAACAAAAUGGUGCAAAUAAAUGUGUUUACCAUCAGGUCAGUAAAAGGAAGACCCAUUUUAUUCCUGCAGCCAUGAUGGCACUAUGACUUAAGUCAGGGACGGCCAACUUCCAAGAGACUGCAAUCUACUCACAAUUAAAAACUGGCAGUGAUCUACCCCUUUUGAGGGAGUUCAGGUCAAAGUUAACUUGGUAGAAAUAAAUAUCCAGUGAUGUGAAAUAGCAUUUCUAAAUUCUGGUGGGCUCCUAACCUGCAUCAUACAUGUAUAUAAACUGCUAUCAUUUGGUGAUGCUCUCCCUGACCCUUGACUUUAAAGCAUUGCUCUUUGAAAGUGAAACACAAGAGGAAAACCAACAAUAGAGCCAGCCUUGACUCCCAUCGCAUUAAAAAGGUCAGCUAAGAACAGCAGUCUUUCUUCUUGGCAAUGUUCCACUUAGAACAAUGCUCUCUUAACGGUAUGGCCAAUUACUGGUAGUUUAAUAGACUAGCGCACAAGGGAGCAGCACAACGAGGAAGUCUGUAGCAAAUGCCUCCUACAGUGCAUACAAUGGAGGAUGAGCUCUCAAGAUCAGAGCUUUCAUAGUAAAAGCUAGAUUGGAGGAUGAGUACUUGCAUCCUUUGGUCUUUCUCAAGUACUGCAGAGAUGCAGUCACAUCACUUUGAGGCCUUGGGGUUCAUCCAAGUUACUAAGAAGAAAUGCACAGCCAUUUGUGAGGGGAAUGUUUCUGCUGUUGUUGUUGCAUGGUAACGCUCUACAGUCAAUGGGGUCUCCAACUCUGCAUCGCUUUAUUUGUGCUGCUGUUUUUGGAAGGAGCAAGCAAGGAUUUAUUUAGCAACCAGCAAGCUGCUGCAGAUACCCAGAUUUAUAGAUACAGAUAUAGGUGUGUGUGUAUAGACAAGUGAUAGACACUGUGAAAGUACCUUUUAAGGCUAGAGACAGGCAAUAUUUUCUUUUUAGAAAAGAGGACCAGGCUGGGGGAGGGGAGUGAGUGCACAUGGCCUUUUGUUAAAUUGAUGGCCAUUAAAAAAAAUAUUUUUAAAUGUUGCUUGUGCAAAUGGCUUUAGGGAUCAGAUCAUGUGAUAAUAAUGCCGUAGCGUGCCCAGGAAUUUACUGUUAUUUAUUGUGUGUGACUAGCAGAGUCUUGGGAAACACAGGACCAGUUUCUUGCAUCAGUCACUGAUUUGAUGAGAGAGUUUCUUCAGUUUUUGGCUGUGUUGUGGGACCAGGUCACAGCAUACAAAGCAAAAUGUAAACAGUCCAGAUUGAAAAGAAAGCAAAUAUGUCUGGGUGGGGGACAAAUCAUUGUAACGGAUACCUUAUUUUUGAAACAAAAUCUGCAAUAAUAGCAGCAAGAGAGCCAGCUGGGCUUAAUUAAAAUGCCGCUUGAAGCCUUGUGAGCUGUCUGUUUGAACUAAGGGAGCAGGCAUAGACUGGAGGGGAGAGAACAAAGAUGAGGGAUUAAGCUCAGCUCCCACAUCUUUUAAUUUAACCCUGCAUCUCCUAAUUCAGUGUUCGUGAAGAACAAAGCAGCUGAUCCUUAAUCAGAGUGCCAGAGAUGAGAAUCUCUCAUUGGACAGGUCACUGACAUCAUGCCAAGAAGAAUUGUGGGGAUAUUUCAGCCAGAGCCCUGUCAAAAGGGAAGAUGAUGACGAGAGAGAGAGAGAGAGAGAGAGAGAGAGAGAGUGUAAGCGUGCGCUACUUGACACAGUGAGGGUGGUGUGUUGAGAAUGUGAAUGAGAACAGUCUCAUCUAAGUUGUGUACUGAAUGAACUGGCAUUGUGUGAUUGCUCCACUUUCAGCACAUCUCCCAGUGUUGUCCCAACAACUGUGGCUCAGGGACUUAUUUUCUUUGUGGCAACAAAUUUUGUGAGUGAAUUAUGGGUUGUCUGUGUGUUCUUGAGUCCAUUCUGAAUAUUCUGCCAAUCAUUUUCAUUGGAUGACCCCCCAGAGAGGGGGAGAAACAUCUUUGUGCCCACACCACAAAUAGUUUUAUAUAUCUGUACAGUCGUACCUCCGUUUACGUAACCCUCUGGUUACAUAAACUUCAGGAUGUGUGCGCGGCAAACCCGGAAGUAUUUUACCGGGUUUUGCCGCGCAUGCAUGCACAGAAGCGGUCCUCAGGUUGCGGAAACCUUGGGAUCCGACCAGACCUCUGGAAUGGAUCCUGUCCACAACUGGAGGUACCACUGUAUCUUGUAUCUCUGUAGUUUAGUUUAGUUUUGUUUUGUUUUAUAUAUUAAAAAUAAAAUAAAAUCCCUAAACAUGGUAGCGUUGGGUUGCCAUUUGCUCUGCACUGUUUUUAUAAAAAAAUAUGUCGUGACUAGAAAUGUAUACAAUAAGCGAAAUGUGUUUUCUUUCCUAAUAAUCCCUAAUACUGAACACUGCUACACUUAGGACAGAAUAUAGGUGAUAGGAGGCUGCAUUAUUGUGGAGGGGGGAGAGAGAGAACUGUAACCCCCUCUGGCUUUUAUUUGUUCCCCCCUUUCUUUUAAAAAAGGGGGCACUUUGGAGUGAGCUCUAGGGAUGGACCAUAGCUCAGUAGUGUAGGUAAAGGACAAGGUAAAGGACCACUGGACAGUUAAGUCCAGUCAAAGUUGACUAUGGGGUGUGGCACUCAUCUUGCUUUUCAGGUUGAGGGUGCCAGCAUUUGUCCACAGACAGCUUUCUGGGUCGUAUGGCCAGCAUGACUAAACCUCUUCUGGCGCAAUGGAACACCGUGAAGGAAGCCAGAGCACAUGGAAACACUUUUACCUUCCUGCCUCAGUGGUACCUAUUUACCUUCAGUAAUGUAGAGUGUGUUAUUUGUACAAUUCCCAGAUUCAGUCUCCGGAAUUGCCAAAUAAAGAAGCCCAAGACUCUAGAGUCAAGGUAGACAGUUCUGGGGUAGACACACACGUAGUAUGACUGGGUAUAAGGCAGUUUCCUUUGCUGGAAAAUUGAGCUUUAUCCGUUUGGCUUCUGCAAUCCAAAGUGGGAAAGUGAAAUUGACAAGACUCAGUUUCACAGGAAGAAGUAAAACUGAUAAGGAUCAUCCACAAAUAAGCCAAAACACAAAUACCUUGUGCUAUACAUGACUUUAAGCUUUGUAACAGAAAUAUCCCCAAGCCCAUUUAUUAUUUUAUAUGCAGAUGGGGUCCAAACCAGCCGUAAGUGAUUAGGAGAGAUAGCUAAAUGGUUGCUGAAGGAAUUGUAGGAAGUGUCACAAAGGAAAACAAUGUGAUUAUGGUGUACUUUGCAGGGUCAUAUGAAUCAAUUUUUGAUGUACCUUUUUCUUCUUUUUUGGCAAUAAUCAUUAAGGUGUAAUGUGUAACUUGUGUAAAACAUGGAAUUUUGUGCUGGAGCUGCCUUAUACUGUUCAAUGACAGACAUCAGCUCUCCAGUGGUUUCAGACAGGAACUCUCUUCCAGCCCUCCUGUAGAGAUGCCAGGGAUUGAACCUGGGGGACCUCUUGCAUGCAAAGCACAUAGCUGAUGACUGAGCAAUUAUGGCUCUCCCAAAUUGGGAUCUUCUUUUUAUUCCUUUCUCCAUAAAGCGUUAUUAUUGCAAAGGUACAGAAAUGACUCAGCAGGCACGCCAGUUAUUAUCACAAGCAUCCAGGUGGGACAUUUUACAAUAUCACCUUGCAGCAUGUAAUCAUUACCUAGCUUCUCACCUGGCAGGAGCUUCCACAAAUACUGCUUAGGGAUCAAAGGCUCGUAAAACGUGGCGUGCGGAUUUCAUUGGCUUGUUGCGAGUCUCAUGGCACAUGGGGCAGAAUGAAAGUUUUGAGCAAGAUAAGGCGUUCCGUCAGGCCUGGGGUGAUCAAGUCUCCUUUCUCUUUCCCUCUUGCAGUUUUCCAAGGAAAAGCAUGUUAUGGACAGGCUGGGUAUGGAGAGUUCCCCAGAAAAACUCAAGAAAGAGCUGGAAGAGGAGCUCCAGUUGAGCAGUGAAGAUCUGCGCAGCCAUGCCUGGUAUCAUGGACGUAUUCCACGACAGGUGUGUCCCUUUUUGGUCUCUCUGUUGGGUAAUUCUGCCAGCUUGUUUUCUUUUCCUGUUCUUUCUUCCUUGCUUGCUAAAUCCAGGUACUUCGCAAUUCUAUCUCAAGUCUUUCACCACCACCACUGGUUUUCUUCUUCUGCAAAUCGGUUCAAAUUUAUAAUGAACGCGCUUGUGCUCAAUAGUUCAAAUCCAGUAUUUAUGGAGCAUGGAAAAGAAAAGCGAAAACCUGAGGAUGUUAUUAUGAGAGGAGGAAUUGCAUAUAUAGAGGGAAGUGCAGAAACCUAUCCCCGUCCUGACUCUGAGCCUCGAUCCAGUUCAGUCACGCCUGCUACCCACUUAGAGCGGUCGCAAAUGAUACGGAGGAAACCUGCAAGACCCCAAUUUUACUCUCCCUGUAAUUAUCCCUCAGCUUGUUUAUUUAAUAUAAAGAUUAUCUUAAAGAGACUCGCAGGAACUGUCAUUUAGUUAGUUUUUGAACCCAAUUAUAUCACCAGAGGUUCAGUGCUAAAAUACACUCCCAGGUGACGCCUUAAGCAUAGCUGAGAAUAUAGCUAUGAGAGUUGGUCACACAACCGCUAAAUCUCCUUUCUGGCACAGAAAUUGACACUCCAAUCUAUUCUGAGAAUCUUUACUAUAAAAAACAACAAACAAGGUGAUAGCUUUCACAGCUUUGAUAAUUUUGCUGUUCUUUUCUUGCUCCCUGUCAGUCCUAUCCUGGAGAAAAGGGAUCCAUGUUACUGGAAAAUGUGACUAAAUUUAUGUAAAAAUCAGCCAGAUAUAUCUAAUUUAUUUCAUUUAUCCCUGACUGCAGGAAUCGGGUUUUCUGGUUAGCAAGAUUUUGAGCACAUAAUAUAUGCUCUAGCUACAGAAAUCGCUUGAUCCUUACUGGAAACUGAAUAAUGUUAUAAUGAUGAUAAUUUGGGAAUUAGGACAUGUGAGGCCAUUUUAAAGCAUUAAGCAACAAAUUGCUUUUUCUUGCUUUAAACCAUAUUUACAUGCAUCUCCACAUCUGUCUGAAAGCAGACAUUAUUAUUUUAAUCUAAUGCAACUGAAACAGCAUGAGCUAGUCAUCAAAGUGCAGACCUCUGGAAACCAUUCAGAGAUAGCAGAAUCUGGUGGCCAUGUGAAGUACAUGCUUAUUGGCUAAAGCUUGUCUGAUGAAAAAGACGAGAGCCCUAAAAAAAUUAGAGUUAUGAGUAAUUGUGCCAGAUAACGGUAAAGAAAGCCAGUAUAUUGAACCCACUGAAGAAAGGCGUUGAUGAGGUCACUUUUAGGGCCAAUUUAAAUAAAAAGUUCUACCUUGAUGGUAGCUGAGCCCAGCUACGGUUUUGGUUGUGUGGAGGAUACUUUAUGACAAUGGGCACAAUCUAGAGAAAACAGAGUGAAUCGGAUUGUAUUUGCGAGUUUUCUAAAGUUGUGCUUACCAGAAAAAUUUCCCACCAUAGUAAAAUACAUAUAAAAUGCCAUCAUUUGCACAUUUUUUCAUGGGGUGAAAACCUGGUCAUUACUGUAGUUGCCAUUCUAACUAUCUCUUACUUUUUAUUUUUAUUUUUCAUUUUUGUAAUUGGAAAAAGAGGGAGUGUCAGAAUUAAUUUGUGGGUGCGGAGAAAGCUGCAUUUAUGUGAUUGUAAGAUUAGGAAUAAUUAAUAAUAAUAAUUUUAUUAUUUGUAUCCCACACAUCUGACUGGACAGCUUCCAACAAAAUACAGAAACACAGUGAGACAUCAAACAUUUAAAAACUUCUUCAGAUGUCUUCUAAAAGUUGUAUAUCUCCUUGACAUCUGAUGAGAGGAUGUUCCACAGGGCAGGCACCACUACCGAGAAGGCCCUGUUCCAGCAAGCCAUUUUGAGAAGGUGGUGAAAUGCAGCCUGCCACAGUUGGUGCUUUUGGCCAUUAUGUCUAGUUUCGCCCUCUGCUGGGGACAAGCAACAGCAGGACUCACUCAGAUUCAGAAUGCAUUUAUUCUGACACAGCCACUUGCUAUUGUGCUGGUUUGGCUAUGUCAGGGGUAGUCAACCUUUUUAUAGCUACCGCCCACUAAUGCAUCUUUCUUGAUGGUAAAAUUUCCUUACCGCCCACCAGUGCUCGAGGGAAGGAGGAUUCAGCUUGUGGCGUAGAACCCCCUACCACCCACCUAGAAUCCUGAAACGGCCACUAGUGAGCGGUAGGGACCAGGUUGACAACCCCUGGGCUAUACAGUCAUACCCUGGUUGUCGAACGCCCUGUAACUUGUACGUUUUGGGUCCCGAACGCCACAAACCCGGAAGUGAUUGUUCUGGUUUGCAAACGUUCUUUUGGAAACCGAAGGUCCAACGGGGCUUCUGCGGCUUCCUGCAGCCAAUCAGAAGCCGCGAUUUGGUUUUUGAGCAUUUUGGAAGUCAAACGGACUUCCGGAACGGAUUUUGUUUGACUUCCAAGUUACGACUGUAUAGCAAAGAAACAAAUCUUGCACGUACAAUUAAGAUUUCAGAAAUUGUUUCAAGGGGGAAAAGCAUUUCAAAUAUCAAAUAUUGAUGCCACAAGGAAGUCAAGCAUCUCUGUUGUAAUCAAUAGCAUUUCCAUUAAUAUUUUAGUAUUAAUGCACUUAAGCAGUAUGCAAGCAGGAAACCUCACUGUCCUGGAUGCAGAAUACUUAUCCAUGUCUUUUAGAAGGAACAGGAAUUUAUCCCAGGAAGAUAACCCAUCUUUGAAGCUAGGAACAGAGAGAUGUAUUUAGUGCAAAGUUCUUCACACACCAGUAGCAGUUUUGGAGUGGGCACCACCGCAAAGGGGAAAAGGAUUAAACUUUCCUUCACUAUACCAGUGUUCCUUCUGCUGCUUGAGUUCUUUUAAAUAAUUGUAUAUGGUUCUUUUAAAUAAUUGUAUAUUAAUUUAUAUUCACACAAUUAACGUCACACCUAUUUUGUCCCUGACAUGCAGUAUGUUGGGAAUAUAGGAGACUAGCUGGAAAGAGAGAGCCACUGUAAGCUCUGUUGGCCUUGACUGCAUUGUGUAGUCACACAGCUCUGCAUCUUUUUAGCUUUGGGAUACUGAAAGUUCUUUGUGUUCUGAUCACGUCAUGAUUUUUAUUAUUAUUUUGCCUUUGCAAAUUACAGUUUGGUGUGCCCGUAAAAAUCCCAGAAGCGUAUUUUAUGUUUGUUUUGUAGCAGCUUUAAAAAAGGCUUUGUUUUGUUGUGUGGAAUCUUAAACUGUUUUUGGUUUAUUGUGGUUUGGGCUCCUGCAGGCUACGGCCUUCAUAAUUAGCUGUGUUAGGUGGAUUGAAAACACAGCAGGUAUCCUCAUCUGAGCUGAAAACAAAGUGAAUCAGUGGGAUGCUAAGGCUAAUGAGACACUCUCUGACUACUUAAGCAGUACACAGUUGAGUACAGUACAUGACCACAUGGCACUCAACUGUUCUUAUUGAGAGAGCCAUUCACAAUCCUUAUUCAGGCUGCAUGCACACUUAUGUUUACUCUGCAUCCAGUGUGCUCCCACCACUGGUAUAGGAAGCAGUGUGCACAUGAUGCUACCCACAACCCACGUCUAUCCUGUCUUUCCUUAUGGAAUACCGCAGUUUUAUGCAUUUCUCCAUUUCUUCCAUCCUAAUUGAGAAAAGGAAAAACCUAGCUGUGUUUUAAGCCUGUAAUGUGUCCAUAGCCUCAGUGUUAGCAAGAAGGAAUGGAGGUGUCUUGGCUUACAGUCCAGAUCUCAGUGUGCCCAGUAAUUCAGAGUUGUGAAUGAGGAACCCCUUUCCUAAUGUUGGGGUGCCAGGUGCCUACCAGAGCUUCCUUUUGCUACAAAGGAUUCCAUGACCUUGUUUCCAGAUGUAAACAAGAGUAGGAAUUUAACUUCACUGUGACAAGGUAUCCUAUGGAUUCUACUUAUAUUCCUAGGCUAAUCAGAAUUUGGGCUGCGAAGCUGAUCUUAGUCUUUUGCAAAGUCCAAAUGUAAAAGUAGCAGUUUGAACUAUCUUUGUCAGGUGCUGGAGCCUAAGCACAAUACCAGAAGACAAGAGUGCCAGGUUGAAGUCUUCCGUAUCACUGAGAUGGAAAAACUGUAUGGGAAGCUCAGAAAAGGGGAAGGGCCUGUGGCUUAGCUAUGUUGAAUAGUGGUAUAGUCCUAUUCCAGAACUAUAGCUGGACUACAACACACACCAGCCUCAGAGUGAAUUGUCAGGGAUGAGGAACAUCUGGAGGACACCAGGUUGUGGGAAUGGUUACUCUAGGACAGAGUUUCCCAAACUUGGGUCUCCAGCUGUUUUUGGACUACAACUCCCAUUAUUUCUAGCUGGCCAAAACACUGGUCAGGGAUGAUGGGAAUUGUAGUCCAAAAACAGCUGGAGACCCACGUUUGGGAAACACUGCUCUAGGAUAUAUCUUAAAUGUUUUGCCAUUUUAUUUAAAUGCAACAACUUUUGUGAUAGAUUACAACGAAGCAUUGUAACUUUAAACAAUAUAUAUAUAUAUACGCUGAGGUUUUCAGUAAAAGAAAGUAAGGGUACACUUGUCCAAUAGUGGCUAAUCUCAUUCUGAUUUUCUCUUAAAGGUGUCUGAAAGCCUUGUUCAGAGAGAUGGCGAUUUCUUGAUCAGGGACUCUCUCUCUAGCCCUGGGAAUUUUGUCCUUACCUGUCAAUGGAAAAACGCCUCUCAGCACUUCAAGAUCAACAAAACCAUCUUGAGGCUCAACGAAGCCUACUGCCGUGUUCAGUACCAAUUUGAGGACGAAAGUUUUGACAGCAUCCCUGGCCUGGUCCGGUGCUAUGUGGGGAAUCGCCGGCCAAUCUCAAAGCAGAGCGGAGCAAUUAUAUUUCAGCCCAUCAACAGGACUGUCCCAUUGAGGUGUCUGGAAGAAAAAUAUGGCACUUCCCCAGCCCUGCAAAGGGAGGGCAGCAUUCCGGAAGGAAAAGUGGAAACUCCAAAGAGACUGAGUCUUAAUAUGUGCACUCGCCAGGCCAGAGAGCAGAAUUCAGUCCGAGGAAACCUUCUAAGGUACGACUAUCAUGCGCCAUCUGUGAGAGUUUGAGAUGAACGCCCUACACAGGAGAUCAGAAUGUGGCUCUAAUUAUACAAGGGAGGAGAGGAGAGUAUACAUGAUCAAGGAAGCUCUAUCCCUUCCCAUCACACUCCACGUUGAAGAGCAAUUGUCUGCCAAGAGGAACCCAUCUGCUCUCAUGGAUCUGUGUGGAAGAUCGAUGAUUGGGUUUCUUGACUUUUUUUUUAAAAAAAAGCCUAAAAACAGCUUAGGUUUGUCUGAAAUGGCUGGGGGAAGCCUUACUUUUUAAUACUGUAAUUUUAUGUUGUGAACUGCCCUGAGAUCUACAGGUAUAGGCCGGUAUGCAAAUGUAAUAAAUGCUACUACUACUUGGGAUGGGCUCUUUAACCCUUUCUCCCUGCCUGGUUCUCUUUUAAAAUCUAUCAACCCUUUGCUCUUAAAAAAUCUAUUAGCCCUGCUUUGGGGAAAAGGCUGGUGCCUGUGUUUUUAACUCCUCUCCCCCCCCCCCCCGCCACCCAAAUGAGCCUAUUAGUAGCUUUGUGGCAGUGAUUUCUGUCGCUGGGAGAAAGGUUAGGCACCCCCACACCCAGUGCUGCUGCUACAAGCCCAUCUCCCUGUUUCCCCCCAUCCUCCAGCUGUUUAAGGUUCUAGAGAUCCAUACAUCCUUAUUCCUAACACUGCUUUUAAGUAGCAUUGCAAAUCAACUAAAUCCACAUUCAUUAAUAUCACUCCUUUUGCUCACAAAGUUCAAGCAAGUGUACAUUGUUCUCUCCCCACCUCAUUUUAUCCUGAUAACAAUCCUGUGAGGGUGGCUUGGGUUCAGAGUGAGAAUUGUGUCUAUAGACAUGGUGGUAGGGACAGACUUUUUCGUGGUUUUGUGCUUUGGGAUCAUCAGUCAAGAGAGUCAGAUGCCUGGUGGCCUGGCAAUGAAGAGAUCAAGCAGGGAUGUGCAGCCUACAGCUCAAAGAGUAUGGUCUGUGUGCAGAGGCGUAAAGGAGAACUUAAAAAAAAUUAAUUAACAUUGUGGCGUUCCUCCCCUUUACAGAAACAAGGAAAAAAGUGGUAGCCAUCCAGCCUGCUUGGACCAUGUUCAGGAGAAGAGAUUCCCCCUGAAGGCUCACCAGUCGGAAAGCUACCUGCCCAUCAGUAUGUGUCAACUGAGCUAUGUGUGUGGAGCAAAACGGAGGGUGUUGUGGGCUGCUGUUCACUGAGCUUCUGUUUUAAACAUGUCCUUGGGGAAUUGUACACUUUUUAUUGUCUGGGCACAAGAAAACAGCAAACACAUUGUGUGUGCAUAAAGUACAUGCCACCCAUUCAUUGCAUAAUCCCUGCCUUUCUCUUCUAUCCCCCAAUUUUGAAGAACCAAACAAAGAGGUGGAAGUGUUGGCUGGACUUGCCUCACAAGACUUUGGAGAGCGUGGGACAUUGCCCCCCUCUUGCCCCCCUGCUUUUUCCAUCUAGCAAAAGUUGCCCUCAGCAAAAUCUCACAUGCCACUUGGAGCUUUGCAUCUACAAUGACGGGAUUUGCAUGUGCCUUAAGGUCUUUGUAGGUAUUUUCCUGCAUUCUGGAAACAAUUAGCUUUACAUGAGCUAUGCUCUGAAAUCCAUUCCUGUCAUAACUCCUUGUGCACUCAGGUUCCCUUUUCGGAAAAUGUUCUUUCCGUGCAAAAUGUGGGGCUAUUUAUUGUGAGUCACAAGCUCUCAUUUCUGCUCUUACCCAUCAGAUUCGGUUACAAACCAGUUCCUAUUCCAAGCCCUGGAGAUUUCCCACUUCUGACUGUACAGCCCGGAACAUUAUCAUACUCACUGCAGAAUAAUGUGACAGUGCAGCUGCUCUGUAUAUCUCUGAUUUUUUGGGGGGGAGGAGGACCUGUAUAUUGGUGGAGCUUUACGCUUCACUGUCUCUAAACUAUGCAUCUUAAGUAUGUGGCAUUAGGAAGAAUGCAAGGCAUCCCAGAUAUAUUGUUUGGUUUGUAACUAUGGUAUGUGUAUUUGUGUUAACUGCCCUGAAAUCCUCAGAUGAAGGGUAGGAUAGAAAAACAAACAAACAAACAAACAAACAAACAAACACAAACACUUUAACCAAGGAAAUAAUGAGUUGACAAAAUUAGCUCCAGGGGUGACAUAUUCAUUAUGUUCAGAUAUGAAAAGUCCAGCAUGGAAAUGAUGCCUCUGUGCAAGAGUGCAACACUUGCCUGAAGAGCAAGGCCUGGUUGGCUUGACAGGACCCAGUUUUUUUCUCUCUGAACCCUCCUGCCUCUCCAGACAAGGGUGUACCUAGGGUUUGGCCCAGUUGCCAAGGGCACAGGCCCAGAGGGGUGCAAAAAUUAUGCCUCUCCACUCUGGCUCAGCUUCUCUAGUAAGGGCACAAGGGAGCCUAGUACUCCUUUCUUGUUCAGCUCCAGGACAUUACAGAGAAUGACUGGUUUGUGCAUCCCUCCCUCCUCUGUGCUCUUCAGGGGACUCCAGAUCUCGGAUGUGAGUGCACAGCGCACAGAAGAGGAGGCAGUAUGGGCCUGGGGGCUGCAUGUUGCCUGCAUGCCCCACCCUUCAAAAACCAGCCAGUAACUUGUUGCGUGAAAACUUUCACAAGGCCACUUCAGUGUGUGAAAACCUGAUAGGGGUAGACUGCUUUGUGAUACCCUUUUGUGUGAGUGAAUCCUGAGGUCAGCCACACUUGUGGCCUUUCAACACCUUGCUCACCCAUCACCUGUGCAAUGACUGGGAUGGAAAGGAAAGCCUGCCAUUUCUUGCCAAGGCAUGUGGCUCUAGAUUUUGGAAGUCUUCUUCCUUCUCUGUCUCGCUGACAAGCGCUGCUCCCUUGCCGUUUGAUACCUCCUCACCUGCCUCCUCCUUUUAACUUCCAGGUUCAAGGUACCCAUCUCAGGGAACUGAAGUUGAAACCAGCCCUUGUCCAAAGUCGCCAGCAUUCAGGACAGGCAGUGAGCCCGCACUGAGCCCUCAGAUGUUCCGGAGAGCUGCCUCUGAGUUGCAGCUCAUCGAUGCUCUCAGGGGUUCUGACAGCCAGCUGUACCCCAGGCCUCCGCCCAAGCCCAGCAAAGUCCCCUUUCUGAGGCCACCGCACGGUUCGGAGGCCCUGUAUUGUGAAUUGAACGCAGCGUUUCCCACAGACUGCGGGGUGACAAAGCAACCUUUAUGCCAGAAGGACAGCUUUGUAGAGCAUCUGGCAACGAGGGAGAAUGGGACACAUUCAUCCAGGCAUUCCAAAAGGAGCUACUUGAUCCUGGGCGACAAUGAUUCUUUGCUGAGCGCUGCGGACCCACUCGUGGCCCAGACGGAGAUGUGCAAAGAGGGCAGCGCCUUUGUCGCGCCUGUUCUUGAGAUGUUCUCCAGUUUCAGGCCUAACGAUUUCGAGUCCAAGCUCCUUCCCUUGGAAAACAAACCAUUGGAGACAGCCAUGCUGAAAAGGGUGAAGGAGCUGUUCACAAACAACAGUGCAAAGAGAAUCGCUCUGCAUAUGCUUAAAAUGGACUGCAAGGUAAACUGUCUCUUUUUAAAAAAGUAGUAGUAGUGUAUUGGCCCAAAUAUAAGCCACACUUUCCCCCCAAAUUUGGGCCGUAAAAAGUUAAAGUGCAGCUUUUAUUUGCGACCUUAAUACGCAGCUCCCCCGGCCCCAGGAAGCAGCACGCUGACUGCCCGCCACUCCCAAGCCUUCCCCAGCCACCUAAGGAAGGGGGAAGGCUACUGGCAAAGCUGCACGGCUCCCCCCCCCCCCACAGAGCAGCCCUGGAGCGCAGGGCUUGCUGCCUACCCGCCACUCCCCAGCCUCUCCCAGCGCUGGCUUGGGGAGUUAGUGCCAGGAGGCGGGCCGCACCCGCAAAUAAGCCUUGAAUUUUAAAUGUGCGGCAUAUUUGCGGGUACGUCUUAUAUUCUGGCCAAUACAGUAAAUAAGGCUAAAGGGAAGUAUCCUUUCAAGAGUAAUAGCCAUUUUAGAUCAAACCAGGAGUUUGUCUAAACUAGUAACCUAGGAAAAGGGCAUUUCGUUGUGGUGGAUCCGUCUUAAUGACAAGGAGCCAAUUCGCACCAUACAUUUAAAGUACAUCCAGUGCACAUGUCUCCCCCCCCCAAAAAAAGAAAGAAUCAUGGGAACUGUAGUAUAAGGGUGCUGGGAAGUAAUAGCUCUAUGAGGGGAAACUACAGUUCCCAGGGUUCUCUUGUGCUUUACAUGUGUACAGUAUGUUCUUUAAAAUUAUUGUGUUGGUGGUUCCACCGCUUGGUGCCGCAUUUCGGACCAGUGGCAAGUUUUCAAAUGCUGUUCAAAAGCAGCCUCGCAUAACACGUGCAUUGCAGUAAUCCAACACGGACCCUAACACAAGCAGGAUAGUGUGGCAGGUGAGGAUUCAUGCAGCCUGUGCACCAACUCAUCUGUGGUGAAAGGCAUUUUUUGAGCCACAGAAUACAUGGUGCUUGAUUUCUGCUUCUGCACGCUCAAUGCAGAACAGCAUAAUGCAGCACAUUUGACUCCAGGUCCGACUUAGCAGCUAGAACAGCGUAACCUAAGUCAAAUCAUAGCAAUUAGAGGGGCAGAAGGGAGCUGAAUUUAGACCUGCCUCCUCUGAGCUCAGCCGGUUGGUGCCGUUGCUGAUUUGACUGUGGCUGCAUUCAUAUAUAUUCAUAUAUGGACAGAUCAAGGCUAGUGGUUUCUGGCACGUUACUUGCCAGGAGGAAUUGUGACUGUCGGGAAGUGGAUGCACUAUAUGAAAACUCUUCCUUCUGGGCAAGUAACUGACUGCAAGUCUGCACAAGAGGAGCGCUACCAUAUUGGUUGCUUGGGGUGAGGUGGUGGGAAUCUCAAUAUUGUCUGAUGAAACUUAAAGGAUUUCUGGUCUUGAGAGAAGGAGCUGGGCUAGGUGGCUGUGUUUCUGUGAAAGACAUAAUGGCUCAGGAGACAGCAGUCGUGCUAAUCAGCAGAGCUCCAGGAAAUAGUUUUGUGCAUUGUAGCGGCAGAAGAGGCUGCAAGAGCUAGAGAGGAAUGCUCAUUUAUUGUAGGAGUAUUGAUCUCACUUUAGUUUUGGUAAAAGCCAAAUCACUUUCAAUUCCCCAUGUAGCUGUCCCAGGAUGCAGUCAGCCAGCAAGGUAGCUAAUAACUACAUAGACGCCACAGCAGCUGGAUCCAAGAUUCCUGGCAUGCCAACUCUGCCCUCUAGUGGAGCUGUCUUUGAAAUAAGUGAAGCUAUCUGUGUUUGUAGCAACAAAGAAUUUAGAUCCUCCUGGCAAUUAUACUUGGGAGUAGGCUCUCGAGUUUGCCAAUUUAAGCAGCAGGUUUUUGCAGAGGACAGGAUUCCUUGUGAUAGAUACCACUAGGAAUGCCACAGGGAGUCUAGGAAUUAUUAUUUUUUUUAAUGAGAUGAUAUGAUAGCCAUCUUCAAAUAUCUAAAGGGCUGUUACAUGGAGGAUGGACCAGGCUUGCUUUCUCCUGCUCUGGAGGGUACUGCCUGAACCAAUGGAUUCAAGUUACAAGAAAGGAGAUUAUAACAGGAGAUGGUGGACUUCCUUGGAGGAGAUUUUUAAGCAGAGGUUGGAUAGCCAUCUGUCAUGGGUGCUUUAGUUGAUAUACCUGCAUUGCAGGGGGUUGGACUAGAUGAUCCUUGGGAUCUCUCUCAACUCUACAAUUCUGUGAUUCUAUGGGCUGGUCAUGUUGCAUACUGCAAGAGCCAUGCUGACGUGCUUAUCCAAAUGUCCUGGCAGGGUGGGAAGACAUGGCAACAGCUGUAUACAAACCCGCAGUGGUCACUUCAAGCUACUGUGAUCACAAGUACCUCUUCUAGGUUUUAUUUCAUGUUUAAAGGCAACUGUUGGCUGGUGAGCUUGCUAUAUGGAAACACCCUGUUACUGGGAUAAGCUUUGUUUUUAUUUGGGAGAUGGGGAUUAAAAGCAGUCUUUUGUGCUGCAGCACAUCUUCCCCACUCACUUUCUGUGAGAAUGACCCAGUACUUCCAGUCCCUGCUUGACACCACCCAGGUGUCAAAUGGCAUUAUCUACACACAGCUUCACAGCGUUAUCUCCCCUCUUGCUGUCAUCGGUCCAGUGACACUCCUUUGAAUGCUUCCCCCUAAAGCUAUUACAGGCUUGUUAGAAUCAACAGCUUCUUUGAGGAUUCGGUAAAUCAAGUUGGCAUCAGCUGCAGUCCAUUGCACCAAGAGGGACGGUGAGGACCUUUCCGGCACUCCUCAUUACUUAGAGCACUCCACUCUGAGAGCUUAAUCUAUAUUUAUGUUCAGUAUAAACCGGGCACUAGAGGAAUUGCCUGUCUCCUGACAUUGCAUUUGCCCCGGUCACAGGAGGGUCUCCAGAUGAGAUUGGUUAAGCCAAGUAGCAUUUGGGGCCCGUUAUUAGAGUGAGUGAGGAUAAUAUUACUAAUGACACUUAGUGCCACCUGCCUGCAGCCCAGAGGGGCUAGAGGUCCCUAAUGAUGAUGAUGCUGGAUACUUCGACGAUGCUGUAAAAUAUGACGGCCAUUAUGACUCAUCAGAGAUUUCUGGCGGAUGUUGUAAAAUGUGCCAGAUGCUUCUCUUGUCUGUUGGUGAUAAAGCUGGGAAUGCUGUCACAGGCCUGCUGCUGUAACACAUCUCCUAGUGAUGAUCUUGGGAAGGGGGUGAAUGGCUAACCCAGAUGAUCUCACACAGGGCCUCCCGUAUGCACAAGUGACUUAAGUGUUUGGGCAAAUCACAGUAACAUGGUGGUCACCAAGGAAGAGACAAUUGUGCAUACACCUCUUUACAGUCGUACCUUGGGUUAAGAACUUAAUUCGUUCUGGUCCCUUCUUAACCUGAAACUGUUCUUAACCUGAGGUACCACUUUAGCUAAUGGGGCCUCCCGCUGCCACCGCCGCGCGAUUCCUGUUCUCAUCCUGAAGCAAAGUUCUUAUUUCUGGGUUAGCGGCGUCUGUAACCUGAAGCAUCUUUUGUAACCAGAGGUACCACUGUAUUUCACCGGCAUGCCCCUUUUGCUAGCAGCGAGGGUCAUGUCACAUCCAACUGAUGCGGGUUGAAUGGGUGGGGUUGCAUUUGUGUAUAAUAUGGCUACUAUUAGCAGAAACCCUCUGCCUUGUGGGACAUCUUUGUGAGAAGAAAAGGCUAAGGAGUAAACCCUAAACAAAUCCAGAGUGGAGUCCCUCAAGUGGUUGGGUGGCACCUUGUACACCUCCUUCUGGCAACUCCUGCAGUCAAGCUGGUGCCAAACAUAUUGCUCUGCUUUCCUUUGGACCACAUCAGCGUGGCUGAGGGGGAGGACAUGUUUGGGCAGCCCAGGACUUCCAUAUGCAUUGCCCAGGCUUAUGCCCUGGAGAGGUCACUUUGGUGCUGCUAAUGCAGCAGUUAUGAGUUAGAGGUCUCUGCAGCCACAGUGAUUCUCUAGUGGUUUGACUUUACCCCUGGAGGUGCACUCCAUUGUCUCUUGAGACCAGUGGAUGGCAACAAUUAGCAGAAGGGUUACAAAAAUGCUGGAAGGAGGUGAAUUUGAAGCAGUUUAUUGAAAGGCCCAAGUGCUUUUCAGAGCGGUUGACUUGUGGGCAACCGUUUAAUCAAGACAGCCGCCAGUAGCCAAACCCAAUUCCUUAGGGGUUCUUUUAGCCCUGAAGAAGAGCUGUCUGACUUAAAACACGCCAGGCCUUAAUAAACUGCUUUAAAUUCACCUUUUGAGGUGCAUUUGCUUUGCUUCAUGUCAUUUAGUGCAACAAAUGUGCUGUGUUCCUGUGCGGGAGGUUAAACAAAUCCUAACAAAUGUAGAUUGAUCUCUUGAUUGGUUCACCUUUCCACUGGCAAGCCUAGAGAUUGCUGCCUUUCUGUUUGGGCUUUUUCUCUGUCUCCCUCUCCACCUGUAGUUAGGGUAAAUGAGAAGGCCAUGCCACUGUUUCUUAUGCUUGUAACCUACCUUCCAUGAUGAAACUUAGGAUCUCACACAGAGGGCUCUCUGGUAGUACCUCUGUAGCUUCAACAAGGCCAGCCCUUGGGAUGUUUGACAACACCCCAUUGUGCGUGCCUUUUCUAUACCAUGUCCUGGGACUGCCUGCUAGGAUUAAGCUGUGCUCAAAUGGACAAUUUUUGUUGAUUACUGUUUCCCAACACAGCUGAAACAAACCUAUAGCUUAAACUGUAGGCAGCAGAAAUCUAAAAAACUUGAUUAUAUUUGCUUGGCUUUUUAAAAAGUUUCUAAUUCAACUAGAGAAACAGUCUUAUUGAGAUGCUAAAAUUCGUUGCAAAAAGAAUUAAGUGUUAAGAUGCGAAAGGAACUGUGAGCUUGGUAACAGUUCCACCCAAGCAAGGACCAUGGAAGGAAACCUCAGUGGAAUUUUGUCUAUGGGGAACAGCUCUUGAGGUUCAUGAUGGGCUGCAGUGGUAUGAGGAACGGCAAGGAAAGGGGAGCUUGGGGGUUUGCCAGCUGACUGGGGGUGGGGAGGAGCAGGGAAACUGACCUGCUCUUUUGUCGCUUUAAAAGUACCUAUGUAUAGAAAUCAACAGGUGAACUCUUUUACAGUGUGGAGACAAGCGUCACCAUCUGAUAAAAGCAGCUAUUAAAAGCACAGCUUCAGUUGCAGGCUGAAAAGUUGGCAACCCUAGCAAGAGCUCUGUAUAACCAACACUGGAUCCCCAUGAAGCAUUUGAACGGAACAAUCGUGUGUCCCUUGGAGAGAGAAGCUGCUUUACGUUUUAUGAAUUGCUUGAGCAAGCUGGCAGCCUUUGGAUGGUAGCUGCUCUGGCAUGUAAAGCAGCAAGGAGCAAUUGGGGCUGCUGAGGGUUUUCAGCAUAAAUGUUGGUUAAUGUUCAGGCUGCUUUGUCUCCACCCUGACUCAUUCCGUACGCACUCUUGCUGCACUUGACAGGUUGCUAGGAUACUGGAGGUCUCCGAAGAGAUGAGGAGAAUCAUGGGAGUGAAUUCAGGCCUGGAACUUAUUACGUUGCCGUAUGGACACCAACUGCGCCUCGACAUAAUUGAAAGGUAAACGCUGUUAUUGCUACCUUACAAGUUUCCUUCCCCUUGUAGGCUCUGCGGAAAAUAUCAGGCUGCCGAGGAAAAUUGUCAGGGGUUCAUUGUUGUUCUCUGUAAAAAAAGUAUUUGUCAGUUCUGCCUUUCCUCCCACUAUUUAUCUAUUAUGGCAUAGAUUCCUAAUGGAUGACAUACUAAUAGAUUCCCAGUGAUAGGGUGUGAUUUUGGUGGGCUGUUGAGAGGCUAAGCACCUUUUACAAAAUGACUAUCCAAGGAAAAAUUUGAACCUAUUAUUAUUAUUUUAUUAUAUUUUUCAAGGCUUUUGAGCACGUUUACAUGGACACCAACAUUGCAGGGGUGGGUUGGGAAGCAUUUAAUCAUGAACUGUGAGCAGGUUUUUGUAAAUAAACCAUGAUAUCAAGGGAAGUAAUUUUUUUUUUAAUGAAAGAUAUUCUUAAGCAGGAAAUAAGUCCAAAAAGAUCUGUAGCACGACCUGAAAAACUAAAUGCCUUAUGUUCCCACAUGUCGCCAGCAGAGAUAAUCCCAGAAUCUUAAGUGCAAAACAUCUCUUCAGGGACUCUGAAGCCUCCUUUGAGGCCUACAAAAUAAUACCUUGUCUGCAUUUAAAGCCACCAGGCCGCCCCUCCUCUUCAAAAAGUUGCAUGCAGUGGUUUAGAGCUUUUAGCCAACCAUGCGGUUGCCAUGGUUUCCUGCUCCAGAUCAGAGAGAGACCCAUUGCACGGAAUGGUCUGACUGGCAAAUAGCUCCUCCUGCUCCUCUUACCAAGCAACGAGACGACCCACUCUUGUGCUUUUGUCACAGACAUCUUCAAAUUGCUUUGCCAGUCUUGGCACCUCUGCUGCCAGCAUGGGGGCUGGCAAGUUCUUUCCUCCCAGGCCCUUCCAACUGGGCUGGCAUUCUUUUGUUGGCCUGUCAUGCCUGGUCACAGGCAUUACUGUCUCUCCAUCCCCUUUCUUCUUCCUUGAAAGGGAGGGUAGCUACGAUGAGAGUAUUGUCAAAAUGAUCGUUAGGCGUUGAGAGAAUUCACUCUGAAUGUUCUCAAACUCACUGCUGGAGCUUGCUUCAAUAGCCCCAAAGAUUUUGAAAAGCUGCCAAUUAGGUUGAUGAUUGGCUAGUUUUCAUACUGAAACAAUGGCUAUGUUCCCACAUCAUGGUUAACCAUAGAUAAUGGCUUAUUGUAAACAUGGAAAGGGCUCCCACUGCACUCCUUUCCUAGUGCAAGCAAGAGUUAACAAACCAUUAUUCCUGGAUUGGCAUGCUUCAAACAAACCAUAGAGUAAAGCCAAUCUUGGUUUGAUUGAGCGGAACAGAUGACAAUUCCGAUUUUGGAUGUAAAUCUAAGCCCAGGGAUCAUGGUUUGCUGCAUGCACAAAGAAAUGAGCUAAGAGGGAGCCAUCUCCACAUUUAUAAUAAACCAUUAAUUAAGCCAAUGAAAGCUGGAAGAUUGAUUAUUCUGGUGUGAUCCUUCUAAAUGAAUAUUUUCCUCUUACAUAGAGAUUUGUCACGCUGUGGCAGAUUGAUAGAAAUGUAUUGUAACAAUACUUGCAAUUUUUAUUCACUUAAUUGACUUAAAUAUUUUGAUCGGCUAAAUGAUUAAUUGGACAAUUUAUUUUAGGGACCAGUAAGAAGAAAAGCAUUUUUAAAGCCAUAAAAAUAAUUUUAAAAAUUCAUCCUAUAUCCACUUUCAGAACGUUCCUCCAGGAAGGAAGGAACUUUCUAAGAAAGUGCCUGCUUGCGAGUGUGCUGUGCAACCUCUAAGAACAGAGAGCACUUGUUUUCUUCAGACCUCCUGCUUUAUUAUAAAUAAAUGCAUGCUGCAUGACGUCACCACAGUACUUUAAGGUCAUAUUCGUGCUUGGAUUCAGUUCCACGGGCAGCUUGAAAUCUCAUGGCUCUCCUGAUAUCUUAAGACUGUUUCUGAUUUCUUUCCCCCUUUAGACACAACACCAUGGCAAUAGGGAUAGCAGUUGAUAUUCUCGGCUGCACAGGAAACUUAGAAGAACGAGUUGCAACGUUAAACAGGAUCAUCCAGGUCGCUGUGGAACUCAAAGACUCCAUGGGGGAUCUGUAUGCAUUUUCAGCUAUAAUGAAAGCUCUGGAAAUGCCUCAGGUAAAAGGAAUUCCCCACAUUAAACUAUUAACAUGCAAUCUUAAGGUGUGGGGAAAGAGGAACUGCCUUUUGUGCUGAGCAAGGCAUUGGAUAAGGUUCUGGCAUUCUUCUGUUCAUUUCCUGUUCUGGAAUACCCGACUCUCCUCCUCCCAACACCCUGGCUUGACCAAAGAGGUGUCUCCAACAUUGGCUCUUCCUCUCUGAUAUUGGAUGGGUGGAUCCAAUCUAUCCUAUGACUCCUGGGACACCUUGCAGACAGUAAGAUUGCACCCACGUGAGGGGUUCACACACAAAACUAAGUCAUUGUUUAUUAAAUCACAGCUUACCAUUAUGUCUGAACCCAUCGCAGCAACUUAACUAUCGUCUACUAACUGUGGUUUAAGUUCACUCAUUAACCAAGGUUCAUAGUUGGCUUACUAACCUUAAUAAAUAGCAUGUAAGCCUGGAUUUCCUCAACUAUAAUUAAGUAGCCUUUUGUAGUAUAAAGAAUUAACUUGUAGGCAAAGAGCUACAGACCUGUGAGUGAAGAGCAGCAAAGAAUCCAAACUGAUUUCAGUGCUACUCUCACUGGCAGGUAAAAAUGAUCCACAGGGCUGGGUAAAAAACACACCACCUUACUGUCAGGAAUGGUUCUCCAGAUUUAGUCCCAUCUUCCCUGAUCAUUGAGUGGGGUUGGCCAGUGUUUGCAGUCCUGUGGCAUUUCUGUAUUUGUGGCUGUCCUCCUUACCGCUCACGUUUCUAUCUUUACUAAAAUAUGGGGAGUAAACCUAGUGCUAGAGGUUGAGCCAGUGACGAGUAGACGUCUUUCCCAUCCUUGUGCACAGUGCUUCUUAUUCCGGCACCGCAGAAUAGCAUUUACAAUUGUAGUUCAAGAUGCACAAGGAUUCCUAACAGGCGCUAAGAAAUAUGCUGGGUGAUCAGCGAUCCGCUUCCAGAUUUGCAAAUUCAUCAUUUAUACAGGAAUUAGCUUUAGUGUAGCCAAGCUCAUUAGAUCUUACGGGUAAUGCCCAUCCACAAGUAAAAUGACAGGCUGGAGGGUUUGUUGAGUUGAACUGCUGACUUGGGAGGGCCCAAGCCUACUGCUAAGAAACAAGUCCUUCCAAAGUGUGGCAGAUUUUCUACACCCCUUUGUUGGGAUCAGAUCUGAUACCUGGCAAGAACUGUUUUUACAGGGUUUUCCAAACUUGGCUCCCCAGCUGUUUCUGGACUACAAUUCCCAUCAUCCCUGACCACUGGUCCUGCUAGCUAGGAAUGAUGGGAGCUGUAGUCCAAAAACAGCUGGAGACCAAAAUUUGGGAAAUCCUGAUGAUCUGAUGAGUAGAACAGGUUGGAGGGCCCAACCAAGCUUACUGCUAAAAGGGAGUCCUUUCAAGGAAGCAGAUUUGCUGCAGCCCUUUGCUUGGAUGAGCUCUUUUUAAACACCUAGCAGGGCUGGUGGCUGGGACGGCUUCAGCUAACAAGCAAAUGUUCUAGUCUGCCACUUCAUACAGCAUGUUAGCGCAGUUUCCCACAGGCAGCUUCUGCUUUCUGAGGAUGCAAACUGCACACUUGAUGGUACAGCAGCAAAAUGUUGCUGAUUUGUAUGAAAUACCCCUUCUUUUAAGUUGCACCAUGUUCAUUUUGUGUUGUUCAGGGACUGCUUGACAGUUUAGCUAUUCUUCCUCUGCAGGUCACAAGGUUAGAGCAAACGUGGACCGCUCUGAGACACUGCUACACACAAACAGCCAUUAUAUAUGAGAAGCAGCUAAAGCCGUUCAGCAAAGCCUUGCAUGAAGGAAGAGGUAAGUUAGGGCAGCUGCAUCACAUUUAUCAUUGUCAUCAUCAAUGGAGUCUAAUCAAGUCCAUAGGCCACAUCUGUUAUUGCAUUAAUGGAGAGUGCGGGAGAAAGCCCAAGUCCUAAAAGUGAUGGUAACGGACAAAAUGCAUUAGAUGUAACCACAUCCUGCCUUACUCAUGGUUCAUUCCUGUUGUGUGGGAAAAAUAACUCAGGAAGGAGGGGUAGUCUAUCAUUCCCUGUCACUGAAAUGCUUUGAACAAAAUAAUCCAUGUGCAAUGCAUGAAUUAGAUUUUCAGGAACAGUGAAUAAUUUCCACUGAACAUCUAAUUUGCUUCUCUGGUGAUGCAACAAGAAGAAACCUAUGGCCAGGUCAACUUUUUUUAUCCACUUGCCAAACAAAGAACACAAGUCAUGGUUAGGGAGAGGAGGAGGAACCAACGAAAGGGGUUGUAUUUUCAUCAGCCAGCAUUUUGCUUGGGUGGUCAUAUUACAGAACUGCAUAGCCAGCAAAUUAAUGAAAUCCUGCUUGUGUAUGACUUGAGAUAGGCUGGUUCCUCUAGCUAGCAAGGGGACAAAAUGUAAAUGUUUGUUUGUUACCUCCUUUUCAGAGGCAACCUGCGUUCCACAGAAUGUGGUCACUGUACCCCUGCUGAUGCCUCUUGUUAUGCUUCUGGAGCGCCAGGUUGUCGUGUUUGAUGGAAUGGACGUGUGGGAGAACACGGACCAGAGCUGCGAAAUAAUGCUGAAACACUUGGCGACUGCUCGCUUGAUAGCGCAGAAUGCUGACCUGUACAGCACAAAUGCGGAAAGGAUGUUAGCAGGUAGGAGGGGAAUGUACUGCUGUACACUGUUCAAUUCCACAGAAAUGAGGGGGGAGGGAAUCACAUCCAGGGCUGUUGAAAACAGGUCUUGUUUCUUAGAUCUUCCGUUGCAGAGUGAUGUUGCAGGAUGGAUGUGCAUCAAAUGCACCACCUGGUAUUUGCAGUCUGCAUAAAGUAGCAGCUUGGGUGUACGCUGUGCUUGUUGCCGAUGUUUAUACAGUGUUGUAAGCUGGAACCAGCUAAGUCUUGCAAGUAGAUUCAACUGAGGAACAAAGUACCUGCCCUUUUUAGGUACUUGCCAUGACUAGUUAUAUAACACAACAACUUCUAAUUGGGCCUAAGAUACUGAUGUUUAGGCUUUGUUGUAGGUGAGAUACAUCUAUGAGAAACAUUUCUUAUUACCAGGUUUAAAGUAUGGUUGGAUGAAUAGGUUUUUAAGAUGGCAAAAGCAUUAUGGGAUGAGAUUGGCAGGUCCAGAACUAGUUUCCUUGUUUAUCCAGUUUGGUCACUGGGGGUGGGAGGCAGCCCUCCACUUUGGGUACCCUCCCCAAAGUGGCUAGUUUUUUAUAUGAAGAGCAUCCCCUAGGGAUGCAGUCAUGUGGAAGAAUGAUAAUCUGACCCAGUGGCGUAGCAGUGGCGGCUCCUUUGCCUUAUGGGAAGACUGCAACAGCAGCUUCACUCAGGUGGUAUAUCGUGGGUGAAACCGCCACUGCUCCUGAGUGCAGGUCCACCCGUGAUAUACCACUGAGUGAAACUGCCCUCACACCAGUAAAGACAGAGGAACAAGCUGCUUUGGCAAGGCGCCAAUACCACUUGUUCUUCCACCUCUUUAAACUGCUCUGCUGAGGAGCACGGCUGUCCUUGCCUUAGCCAAGCAGUUUUACGGAGCCACCAGCUUGCACAAGGUGGCAGCUCUGUGAAACUGCUCUGCUGAAAGGUGUGUGGUUGCUGCUUCCCUUAGUUAAGCAGUCAAAGGAGCCCUGUGCAAGCCAGUGGAGAAGUAGGAGAAGGAUUGGGUUGCGAAGCUGCUUCCUCACUGGGGCGAAACCGCCUCAGUGAUGUCACUCUGACACCUUGCAGCGCUGUGGGAGGAAAGCAGUGUAAAUAACGUGGUUUAUCACCAGAUCACGAUGUUUGCUUCUACAGAUGCUCCUGCAUAGAAGAAGCAUUGCCAGACUUCUGAGCUGGCCUUUUCAGUCCGUUGCAGUAAAAGGUGCUUGUCUUGGAUGCCUUCAUGGUGAGAAGGCUCUUUAAUUUAUUUUCCAUUUCCUCCCAUCAGGUUUUCAGCCAGAUGACGAGAUGAAUGAGAUCUUCAAAACAGAAUUUCAGAUGAGAUUGCUCUGGGGCAGCAAAGGAGCACAAGUUAACCAAAGUGAAAGAUACGAGAAAUUCAACCAGAUCUUAACUGCACUCUCCCGAAAAUUAGAACCCCCUUUAGCAAAGCAGAUUGAGCAGUGAAAUGCUCAAUGGACACUCAACUAUAUAGUUGGUUCAGUUACUUAACUUAAAGAAAAUACACUGUAAAACAGGCCUGCAUCAAAUGUUUGCCUUUCCCUAUCCCCUCAGAGUAAGAAGAGGGUGCCUUUUGGGGGGUGGGGAGGAAGUACUUCCUGAAAAGUAUUUUCCAGGAAUAUUUGCAUUCCCUGACAGACUUUUUGUUUGGCACAUUCUUAAAAACUGUUUCUCCUUACUGGCAGUAGUGAUUCUAGCCAAAACAGGGAAUGCACGGCCCCUUGAGAAAAAGGGUAGCGCUUUCUGGAUCAUAAUCAAGGAUGAAUUGCUGAAGGGGGUGUGAGAGUACUUGUUGCCACUGCCAAUCGUGUUUGCAUACUUUUGCUGUAUGCAGUUUCAUUUGCAGCACCUUCGGGAUUUGUAAAUUGCACCAUGUGCAUUUUUUUUUAUUUAGUUGCCUAAUAAGAUUUGACUACUGAUUUACAAAGGAAUCAUUAUUUAUUUAUUAUGGAUAUCUUUAAUUAUCUCUCGCUCAACAAAGACACUGUCCUGUUACGUAUAGUAUUGCUGACACAGUGGUUUUAUUAGAGUAUUUUUAGUCUUGCAUCAAAUAAUGUUAUUAAUAAACUGUUAAUGUAAGUAAGACUAGAAGUUACAGGAAUGGCUUUGCAGAAGGUAUCAGUUGUAUGAUAUCCCUUAAAAUGGAUAGGGAAACUUGUACAUGUGCUUGUGAAUUAAAGCAUCUCAUGGUGGAAGUA